GAACUGGGUGGGGGGAGGGCAUUUUUAUUAUUUAAUUUUUUUUUAUUUUAAUAUUAUUAUUUUUUUAAUUUUUUUUUGUCCCCCCUCCCUGCUUGUUAACUGGUCAGGGAGGGGGGCUAUCUUAAUCCCUGGUGGUCCACUGGCAUGGGCUGUGAAGUGGGGGGGCCGGCAGGAAGCAUUUACUUACCUUUCCUGCAGCUCCUGUCAGCUCCCUUCUCCUCCGUUCCGGUCAGCUCCACUGUAAGUCUCGCGGUCUGGUUGCCGCGGGAACGUUGCCAUGGCUCUGACGGCCGCGGCUCUCUAAAUUGCCAUAAUACAGACAGUGACUCGAGUAUAAGUCGAGUGGGGGUUUUUAAGCACAAAAAAUGUGCUGAAAAACUAGACUUAUACUCGAGUAUAUACUGUAGUUGCAUAGCCUGAAAAGAGACAAGUGUCAAUCAAGCUCAGUCUUCCUCACAUUAGUUUUUUUUGCUGUUGAUCCAAAAGAAGGCAAAAAAUCACAGGUUAAAGCACUUCCAAUUUUGCAAAAAACUAGGAAAUAAAUUCCCUCUUGACCCCAGAAUGGCAGUCAGAUUUAUCUUUGGAUCAAGAAGCUAUUGCCCUACAGUUGUUAAAUUAUAUAAAUUAAUAUUAUGUCUUAUGGACAAGCUUAAAGUAAUGCCUCAAAUCUACGUUCAGGGAUCUUAGACCAUGAACAAAUCUUUAUAUAUUUAUUUGAGAAAAUGAAAUUAUACUUUAUUCCAAUAUACAUUAUAUACUGUCCUAAUGUAAUUGUAGAAACGAAUAUGCCAAGUUCUGUACCUAGAAAUGGUUUAGAUAUAACUUGUAUGCACCAACUUGGGUUUAGGUAUAACUUGUCCUUGUCUAUGCAUGCCAUGGUAAUAGGUGUUGUGAUAGCAUAUUUUCAUUUAUGCAUGUAUAUUUUGUUUUAGAACUGCUGUGUUAGAGGAUGGGUCACAAAACAGCUCAGGAGGCAGCAUUGGAGACAUGGCAAUUAAGAAAAAUAAAGGUCAGAUAUUUAACAUCACAUUUUCUUUUCCUAUAAUGAUGUAAAUAUACAAAAUAUAAAGCUUUUAAGAUCUUAACUGUCUAAAGUAAACAUGUUGUAAGGCAGGGCUUGACCAAUUACUAGUUUAAUGUAGUGGUUCUGGUGUCGAUAGCAUGUCUUUGCAGGCUUUUCAAUGUAAACGCUGCCUUUUCCAAAAAAGGGAAAAAAAAGGCAGUGCUUACAUUGCUGCAUAGUAACACUUAUAGUGACCUUCACUUAGAUGGCCAUUAGAGGUGAAUCCUAGUUCAUGCUGCAGUGAAGUUCAGCGUCUCCAUGCCCUGCAUUGAGGCACUGAAUGUUUCCCAUAGAGAUGCAUUGAUUUAAUGCAUCUCUGUGAGGAGAGGCUGAUUAUCACAUGCACAAUAGCCUCCCAAAGCUUUCCUAUAGGAAAGCAUUGGCUUGGUCAAGAUCCUCAAGAUUGUUUAUCUCAGCUGUGGAGUUGGGGUCAGCCAUAGCGAGACCGGCACAGCGUGGAAAAGUAGUGCGAUCAGAAGGGGGCUGGGCACCUAAACAGACAGUCUUUCUGGCAGACACACACACUGACAAAUUAUAAUAAAAAAAAAUAAUAUUUCAUAUAUUUCAAUUUAAAUCCACUCAGCGUGUCUGUCUUUGGGAGAGCUAGAGUGGUUCGGCUUUCUCUUGGGUCUAGUGAGGUUGCUAUCAUCCUGCAGAUGGAAAAUGGAGAGGCCAGAUGCCUGUGGUAAUGGAGGUGAAGAGGGAGCUAUAAUUUCCUACAGGCUCUUAAAUCAGACCUGGCUCCUGGGAGUUUGUCGAGCAAUGUUGUAAUGCACAAUACUUUGUCAUAUUUUGAAUGCCCACCUUCCUGUAAACUAUUGAAUCACUAAAUUAACAUGUGGGGAGGGAUAGCCAUUGGAGAGUAAAAGUUUAGCCCUGACAAAUAGAAAUUCAUCCCUGGUGAGUAUGCUGUGACUAUGGCUGACUAGAAUGAGGUCACAGUAUGCAUAACACUCCAUGAUAGAAUUAAUAUGAAUGGAGAAAAUACUUCAGACAAAGUAGGGGCCACUGUGGCUUUUGUAAAACAUUCGUAAUUGUUAAAAAUUUUAACAAGCAUAUCCUUUUAUAAACCUUUACAUAACUGUCAGAAUAAUAGCAUCAUGGGCACCUUGCAUGAGAUGCUGCAGAAGAUGCCACCAUGAGCUAGGUCAGGGCUUGACAAAUCCCAGGUCUUUUCAUUGGUGAGAUAAUCAAUCUUAAUGAAGACCGUGUCUGGGUUUUUUCAGAACCUGGGAAUCUUAAGAGCAGGUGGAAACUUAUCAUGGCUGGGCACUCAUUUUAAGCUCUGCAUACAGUUCAUCUGUUAGUCUUUGGCCACUAAAAAUGGCUCCAGUCAACAAAUGGGAGAGCCAAGUAUUGAUUGAUCUCUCUCUUCCCAAUUUGAGCUUUUAUUUAACCCUGCUGACACCAAAGCUGCAGGACAUUUAAUGGAGGGCUUGACAAAUCAACACGUCGACUAGGAAUUUUGUUCUGGCACCUGGGCAUUUGUCAGCCUGUUCCCUCAGAGGCAGGGCACUAGUUGUGCGAAAUGGAGGCUGGCAGCGAGCGGACCCCGGGGAAGCCACCCUGAUGCGCCCAAAAAGUAGCAAACAGGAUGGUGUCAAAAAUAGGUGUUCAUUCAUAUUUUUUCUGUGUGUGUAUCUGUGACCAUGUGUAUGUCGGUGUAUAUGUGUAUCUCUGUAAGUGUGUGUUUAUCUGAAUAUAUUAAAUAAUACAAAAAUACUUUGUAAGUAUGUAAGAUAAUGUGUCUCUGUCAAUGUUUGCAUCUGUAUGUGUUUGUCCGGUUGUGUGUCAGUGAGUGUGUAUGUAGGUGACCAGCACCCCUUCAAACGCAUGGGAAUGGUGUUUACGCGCCUUUUUUCCAACACCAUGCUGGUCUUGCUGCUUCUGGCCAUCAAGCUUGAUGAUCUCAGCCAAGGGAAAGCAUUGGGAAGCUAUAGAGUGUUCACAGUAAAAUGCUACGCCAAUCAGCAUCAACACAUAGAGAUGCAUUGAAUCAAUGCAUCUGAAUGGGGAACGUUCAGCGCCUUCUUGCAGCGGCACUUUAGUGGCCUUUUGAGUAACUGCCACUAGAGGUGUUACUAGGCAGCAAUGUAAACAAUGCAUUUUAUCUGAAAAGAAACAGGAGGUAGGUGCAACGUCUGAAUAGUCCAUCUUGGGAUAUGUGGAAUGACAAGAAGAAAAACCAGAGGAAAAAAACAAUAGUGUUUAAAAACUCUAGUGGGUAUAUAUAAGAUAAAGAAUGUGCACUCACACAGAGCCUAUGUUUAGGUGAAACGCGUUAAGUGUACUAUUCAUAAUGUCUUGCCAAUUUUUUAUCUUGCUACUUUUUUUUUUAACAUUAAAGUACUCUUUUAUUGGACCUUUUGCUGCUGCUGCUGGAUCCUUGGGCUACAUCCUUGGUGGUGAUAAUACCCUUAAAGGAAUAAUAAUUAAAAUAUUUUAAUGUGUGUAAGUAUAUAGAUGUUCAGGAAUGUUUUUUUCUUUACCACAGUUAAGUUAAUAAGCAACCUAAGCAUCCAACACUGUAACAAGCACUGUGCAGAGACCAAUAAAAUUAGUUCUUCCUUUGUUCAAGUUUUGGGUUUACGGGAAUUGUGCAUUAAGUGUCUGUGGACUUGAAUGCAGCUUUGUUUUGGUAUAUGUUGAAUUGUCAAUGAUCUCUCUAUAACCAGAGUUGUUUUCAUGGUAAUUUACUUAGUGUUUCCAAAAUAAAGUGUUUGAUUAAAUUUCUGUUUUUGGGAUUAUGGUUCUUGGUACACCUAUUAAACAUUUUUCCUCCUUAAUAAAUAAUAGUCAUUCUGAAGAAGAUAAAAUACAUGUCUUGAAUGAAUCUGACACUAAACUUUUAGUUUUUCUGCACAACGAAAAAUUAUACAUUGCACACUGUUAAGAGGAGAGACUACAAAUGUGUCAUAGCUCGUCAAACCACUGUGCAAUGGAUGUGUAGGCUAGGAGCGUAUUUUCAAAUACAUUUCUUUAACCAAAGAGGAGAGAAAGUUGAGGAUGUAAGCUGACUGAGUUGAAGAUUUCAGCCGUUACCUCCAGUCUGAUCAGCUGUAAGGGGUACCAAGGUUAGUUGCAGACAUACAUAUAUGUGAGAAUUACCCUGUUUGCUCUGCAAACUGUAAAUAAUUCUAUUCUGUUUAACCCCUUAAAGACACAUGACAUGUGUGACAUGUCACAAUUCCCUUUUAUUCCAGAAGUUUGAUCCUUAAGGGGUUAAAAACCCAAAAGGUUGCAACGGAAGUCCUUUUAUAUUUAAAAUAUAUUUUCUUUAUUGUCCCCUUUAAAACACUGAGCUGUUGUGGAUAUCUGACUCCUUUUGUGUGAGAUCAUAUAUCCUGUCUUGGUGCAUUGUUUAGCAUAGAACUUGCUUUACACAUCCAUUUCUCAAUGCCAUAUAGGGAUUGUUAUAAAAGCCACUCAUCAGGAAGCAUUUUUAUUUACAGAAUGAGCAAAGUCAUGCAUUGUGUGCUUUGCUAAAAUGGGUUGCAUAUCAGCAAAGGGCAGGAAAUCAGACUUUCUGUAAAUUGUGUCAAUACUUCCACCCAGUGGCCUAAAAUGAAUAGUGUUCUAUUUGUACUUGAUUAGGAAAUCUUUACUUGUUCUGUAUAUAGUACAGUAUAAUGAGAAUUCUUCUUCCCCAAAAAGCUGCUGUGAUUGGCUGAGACACAGUGCCAUUGCCGGUAUGAAUUGGUAUGACUAAGUGUAUAUUUUUUGCCAUAGCCAUACUUCCAGUAGAGGCCUGGCUGUGCGAGGCAAGGCACCCUUAUUUAGUGUUCAACUGUUCAAAAAUACCUUAACACUGGGAUGGAUGGACAGUGCCAGAGGACGUUGAGCACUAUAACCUGUUCAAUGAGAUGAAAUUGUUACAGUGACUACAGUGUCUCUCCAAAGACAAAUUACCUGUCCAGUGUUGCUUUAUCGUACAUUUCAAUCUUCAUUUGUUAUUUCCUGCUGAAUGUAGUAGUAUAUCUAUAACAAGUUUUCUUGAGGUAUGCCACCUCUGCUAUAAUCACUAUUGUGCAUCUCUAAAUAGCACUUGCAUGCAGUUGAUUUGCACAGAAUUGUGAGUUCAUUUUAUUUAUACAAGAAUUUCAAUUUUGUGUGUGAACCCUAUGUGCACUUUGUACAUCACUAUGGGACUUAAAGGAACACUGUAAAGUCGUGUAUCUGAUUGAAAAAUUGAGGCAAAUAUAGCUGACUCGUCAUUUGGAUUCCUUUUGCAAAAACUCAGUUUUGUGAAUUACCCUGAGCUUCUCACCCUUAGUCCUCCUGUAAGACCUUUAUCAUAGUGUGUGUGUGUGUGUGUGUGUGUGUGGUAUGUGCUAGCUGUAUAUAGUGUGUAUUGGCUUAUAUGUGUGUGUGUGUGUGUGUGUGUGUGUAUAUGUGUAUAUAUAUAAUUUAAAUAGAGAAAUAUUCCAGUGAGUCUUCAUGAGGCGGUAAGACAAUACAUGUUACUGUACUGCUUAUUUAGAUUUCUGCACAUACAGCUGGGGGACUUUGAUCCCAUGCCUUCCCUCUGUACUCAGAACAUGUCAGCUUUGUGUAUCUUGCACAACACACAGCUAAAAUGUCUCUCUUCCCCGUAGCUGUGGCAGCCCAUGCAUUCAGUGAGUCAGUGCGCACUGGAAAUCACGGUGUGCACGCUGAUUACGUAGAAAGCACUGGCACUAGUUCUCCAAGGUAGCUCUACCACCCUAACAUCGGGUGAUAUAUAUUUCACAUCCCUAUAAAGCGUUGUCUUGUAUUCAUUAUUUGUAUGUAUUUAUUAAAGGAACACUAUAGGUACCCAGACCUCUUUCUCUCAAUUAUGUGGUUUGGCUGACCUGACCCCCUGUUUCAACCUUGCAUCUGAAAACAUUGCUUUUCCUCUCGUAUAGUGGCAGUACUCACAAGUGGGAUGAUCCUUCUAGUUUUGGACAAGAAGCUCCCCCUUCUUUGAAGAAAAUUGCUGUGCUCCGCCUGCUGCCUCUAUAUAAUCUGUAAGCCAGAGGAGAAAUCCAGUUCUUCUUGUCCUGGCAACUGGACGGACAAGUUCCUUACAGGUCCAGGUAGAUAAUGGUGCGGUCAGCACAGGCUGCUGACCGGGGAGGUGCGUGUCCGAUAGCUCCCCGGGUGGGAGCUGAGCAGCAAUAGCACUUGCGGAUUUGCGUUACGGAACGCGACCGAUAGCUCGUUAUUUGUGGUAUCUCUGGAAGUUUCCCGGGCGGACCUCCCACCAUGGGGCAAUGCGCAUGCACACAGCGGUUGAACGCACACCCGGGAGGUGUUGCGUUCCACCGAGCACCGAAUCGCGCCAAGCAGACUGAUAUGUUAUCCUUCAUGUGCUGGUUUCUGGAAAAUUUGUCACAGACGUUUGAAUCUUUUAAAGAUGCUGCAAAGAAAGAACCGGCUAUUCAGGAGAAGCAGACUAAGAAACGUAGGAGAAAUAGAUCUCCUUCUCUGUCUGAUAUCUCUUCAGGAGAAUGCUUUCUCAUCACCUUCUGAUAUUUCCAGCCUAGCUUCAAGUGUGGAAGAGGGUUUUCCACCAGAAGAGCUUAAAAAAAUGUUAUAAAGGAGUGGCGACAGCUGUAAGUGAACCAGAACCAGAACCUACCAAGGGUAAGGUUAAAGGUUUCCCGAUGCCUCCUAAGAUUAUGGAUCUCCUUCAUAGAGAAUGGAAGAAUCCUGAAAAACGUGCAUUUAUUUCUAAACAUUUUAAACUUCUGUUCAUACUACAGUCUGAAGAGAAAUGGGAGGAUCUUCCCAAGGUAGACAUUCAGAUAGCCCAGCUGUCAAAGAAGACCACUAUUCCCAUUGGCGAGGUCUCUGGACUGAAAGACCCAAUGGACAAACGAGCCGAAACUUCAUGUAGAAGAAUCUUCCAGGCCGCAGGCUACCAGUGCAGAGCCGAAAUAGCAGGUUCAGCGGUUCUCAGGGCACAGAGUGUUUGGCUCCAAGCCCUUGAAGAGUCUCUUAUGGGGAAGUCUGAUACCGACCCUGUCCAGCUUAUGUUCCUCCUGAAAUUAUCUAACACAUUUCUUUCAGAUGCCUCUGAUGAGAUUCUUCAUUUAUUCGACAGAAUUAUGGGUUUGUCGUCAGUGGCCAGAAGAGCACUGUGGCUACGAACAUGGACAGCUGAUUCAGUUUCUAAGGCAGCCUUGUGUGAAUUACCUUUUGAGAGGAACAAGCUUUUUGGCACUCCUUUGGAAGACAUUAUUAGACAAAUGUCUGAAACAAAGAAGGCUCUACAUCUGGAAUCAAGACCCCAAAAAUAUAAAAGAUAUCAGUUCAAGGGUCAGCGUUCCUUUCGUUACCAGGGGAGUUUUCGCAGAUUUAAAAAACAAGGUGAAACCAGCAGGCAGUGGUCUAGACAGGAUUUCAACAGGCAAGAGAAAAAGAGAACAUUUUGACACCAAAAGAGUAGGAGGACGCUUUCGGUUCUUCGCCCACAAAUGGGAAAAGAUUACAUCAAACGGGUGGAUUCUAAGAACAAUUUCAGAAGGUUACAGAAUCAAGUUUUCCGCGAUACCACAACCAUCCUUCCUACUGUCAAGCUAUCCAUCAAGAAAGAAAUCGGAGGCACUCCUAGCAGAAGCUCUUAUCCUUUUAAGGAAAGAUGUAGUAGAGAAGGUACCCAAACAAUGGGAAUUUCAGGGAGUGUACUCUCUCCUGUCCCUGGUUCAAAAACCAGACGGAUCCUUUCGGCCUAUCCUAGACUUAAAAAAGGUCAACACCUGCAUACCGUAUCAAAGGUUUUGUAUGGAGAAUAUUCUGUCUGUCACACACAUCUUGCAAAAAGGGGAAAUCAUGGCAAAGCUAGACCUAAAAGAUGCUUACCUCCAUAUUCCGGUAUCAGUGUCUUCCCGGAAGUUCCUCAGAUUUGCAGUCUUGACAGGAAGGCGAAGAAUUCUCCAUUUUCAGUUCAAGGCUCUACCCUUUGGCCUGUCAUCGGCUCCUCAGUAUUUACAAAAAUCCUGGCACCCAUAGCAGCAGCUUUACGACUGAAAGAUAUCUCGAUAGUUCCAUACCUGGACGAUUGGUUCUUGAAAGCCGAAUCAGAACAGCUUCUAAGAUAUCAUCUCGGGAUCGCUAUAAAGAUUUUGAAAGAACAAGGUUGGCUCCUAAAACUAAAAAAAUCCAAGUAGAUUCAUUCACUAAGUCUGGAAUUCCUGGGACUUCGGGUGGAAUCAAAGUCCCUGUCCCUUUUUCUUCCAAUAGAGAAACAAAGAAGGAUUUUCCUUCAGGGAUGCAAUGAGUUUACUGGGCCACCUCACUUCUGCAAUACCAGCAGUGGCUUGGGCAAAGGCAGAAUUAAAUACUUUACAAUUGAACAUUCUUUUGCAAUGGUAAAGACGACAGGAGGAUCUAGACUCUGUCUUUCACCUAUCCGAAGUGGUGAAGAAACAACUGAACUGGUGUAAAGAAAGAAACAUUUCAAAAGGCCUCUCGUUUGCACAAAAACAGUGGAUUACGAUAACCACAGAUGCUUCCCAGACUGGUUGGGGUGCUCAUCUAGGAUCUCAAUUCCAUCAAGGUCUUUGGAACAGGGAAGAGGAAAACACUUCCUAAAACUUCAGGGAGUUGAAAGCUGUAUGGAAGGCACUAGAAUCCUUCAGUUCAGUCAUCACCAAUCAGGCAGUAAGGGUUCAGUCGGACAACGCCACUACACUGGCUUAUUUAAAUCGCCAAGGAGGCACAAGGGUGAAAGCUCUCCAAGACUUCUGAUAUCGCAUCAUGUCUUGGGCCCAAUCGAGACUUCUCGCGAUCUUGGCUACCCAUAUCAGAGGGUCUCUAAACGUUAUUGCAGACGACCUCAGCAGGAGUCAUUGGUCUCAGGCAGACUGGUCACUAUCAAACCAAGUUUUCUUAGAGCUGCUUACCCAUAUAGACCUUAUGGCCACAAGGAGAAACAGAAAAGUUCAGAUUUUUGCUUCUCUCCAAGCACGAGAUUGCCCAGAUGUUUUAGUCGGUCUAUCAAUCACUUGGAACUUCAACAUGCCUUAUGUUUUCCCUCCAGUAUCUUAUUCCACGAAUUGUGCAGAAGAUAAGAUGGGAGAAGGCAAGAAUUCUAGCCAUCCUGCUCAUCUGGCCAAACAGGAGUUGGUUUUCAGAAGUGGAAAACAUGACAAUCUCACGUUGGUCUCUCCCAAUUGCUACCAACGUGAUAGAGCGGGUAACUCUUCCCGUAGAAACCCUAGAAAUGUUCCACCUGACUGCAUGGCUGCUGCAAGGUUGAUCCUCCAAGGACAUGGUCUUUCAGACCGCUUAUGUGACGUUCUGAUGUCUUCAGUCCGCUUGUCCACGACAAGAAUUUAUUUUUUAGGGUUUGGAGAAAGUUCAGAUCCCGAUGUUUCGUUCGAGGUUCGGAUCCUGCCAGCGCAUCAGUACCGGAAAUUCUUUCCUUUUUUGCAGGAUGGGUUUGAAGCCGUCCUAGGGGUCUCUACUCUUAAGGGCCAGAUUUUGUAAAAUCCAUACGGCUGAAGAGGCCUCCCAAGUUAGUUCCUUUCCCUACCUGGGAUUUGUCCUUGGUGCUUCAAGCCCUUUGUGAACCACCGUUUGAACCAUUACUAGAGGUUCCCAUUAAACUGCUUACCUUCAAGACAGCAUUCCUGGUGGCUGUCACCUCAGCUAGGAGGAUAGGUUAAAUCUAGGCUCUAUCUUCCUCUCCUGAGUUCACCAUUUUUCAUCAAGAAAAAGUUGUCCUGCACCCUACGCCUUCUUUUUUGCCCAAGAUUAUUUCAAGUAUUUCUAUGAACCAACCUAUUAUUCUGCCUUUUUGCCAGUCUCCUUCAUCAGAUCUUGAAAGAAAGUGGCAUCUCCUUGAUGUUAGAAGAGCACUUCAAAAAAACUCUGGGGUUUAGGACCUCGGAUCAUCUCUUUGUCUCCUUUCAAGGCACUAACAGGGGAUGUGCUGCCUCCAGACCCUUUUUAUCCAGAUGGCUGACCAAUACCAUCAGGUUGGCUUAUCAAGCCAGAGGGAUUCCACUUAGAUUUCCAUUAAAGGCUCAUUCCACUAGGGCUAUGGUAACCUCUUGGGCUGAAAGAGCAGCUGCCUCUCCUGAAGACAUCUGCAAAGCAGCUACUUGGUCAUCAUUACAUACCGUUAUUAAACAUUGUAGGCUGGACAUAUUCUCAUCCUCUGAAGCUCCUUUUGGGCGUAAGGUGCUACAGGCAUACCCCUCUGAGUCCCCACCCUUUUGUUUUAUUUGCAGGGCUCCUGCUAUAUCCCACUUGUGAGAAGGGAUCGACUGAUAUUGAUUUUUUUUAGAGCCGAUACCGAUAUUCUGUGAACUUUCAGGCCGAUAGCCGAUAUAAUUUGCUGAUAUUCUUUACAUUUACCAUUUUGGAAAAUAAAAACAAUUUCUAAAGGUAAAUGCACAAAAUAUACAUGCUACGUGUAGUGGAUGCAGUGUGACAGGGGAGCUGUGUGUGUUUGUGUAGGGUGUGUAGUGGAUGCAGUGUGUGUUUGUGUAGUGUGUGUGUGUGUGUAUUGUGUGUUGUGGAUGCAGUGUGUGUUUGUGUAGUGUGUGUGUGUGUGUGUGUGUUGUGGAGGAUACAAUGUGUGUUUGUGUAGUAGAUGCAGUGUGUAUUUGUCUAGUGUGUGUAGUGGAUGCAGUGUGUAUUAGUGUAGUGUGUGGGUAGUGUGCGUAAAGUGAAUGCUGUAUAUACUAAAUGUAAAGUGUGUGUGUGUGUGUGUGUGUGUGUGUGUGUAUAAUGAAUGCAGAGUGUGUAUAGUGAAUGUAGUGUGUUUAUAUAAUGCAGAGUGUGUGUGUUUGUAUAGUGUGUGUAUAUAAUGCAGUGUGUUUGUGUAGUGCGCAUUAUAUAAACACACCACACAAACACACUGCAUUAUAUACACACACUAUGCAAACACACUGCAUUAUAUACAUACACUGCAGCAUAUAAACACACUGCAUUAUAUACACACACUACACAAACACACACUGCAUUAUAUACACACACUACACAAACACACACUGCAUUAUAUAAACACACUACACAAACACACUGCAUUAUAUACACAGUGUGUUUGUGCAGUGUGUGUGUAUUUGUAUAGUGUGUGUAUAUAAUGCAGUGUGUUUGUAUAGUGUGUGUAUAUAAUGCAGUGUGUGUGUUUGUAUAGUGUGUGUAUAUACACAGUGUGUUUGUGUAGUGUAUGUGUAUAUAAUGUAGUGUGUGAGGGGGCAUUUUUUUUUUAUAUAUAUAUUGAAUUAUUUAUUUUUGUUGUCCCCCCCUCCCUGCUUGUUACCUGGCCAGGGAGGGGGGAUAUAGCAAUCCCUGGUGGUCCAGAGGUAUUGGGGGGGUCAGGCAGCCAGCAAGCGCUUACUCACCUCCCAGCAGCUCCCCUGUGCAACUUUCGCGGCCAGCGUGUCAACGCUCUGACGGCUGCGGGUCUCGCGAGAGUUGCACUGGGGAGCUGCUGGGAGGUGAGUAAGCACUUGCUUCUUUCCCCCCAAUCUGAAUUGGCCGAUACCGAUAUUGCCGAAAAUACCGAAUAUCGGGAGAUUAUUUCGGUAAAAACGAUAAUCGGUCGAUCCCUACUUGUGAGUACUGCCACUAUACGAGAGGAAAAACAGUCAUUUUACUUACCGUAAAUUCCUUUUUUUUUUUUUUUUUUUAUAUAGUGGCAUUACUGGCUUUCCCUCCACUUUUAUAUGGAUUAAAUAACUUUUGUUAGUAUUCAGUCUCCGUUUUUAUUUUUAAUUACUGGAGUUCUCCUCUGGCAUACGGAUUAUAUAGAGGCAGCACAACAAUUAUCUUCAAAGAAGGGGGAGCUUCUUUUCCAAAACUAGAAGGAACAUCUUACUUGUGAGUACUGCCACUAUACUAAGAAAAAAGUCAUUUACGGUAAGUAAAAUUACUGUUUUUCGGCAGGACCAGCAAUGUUUUCAUACUGACAGCCACUACAGGCGCUUCUGCCGAAAUAGUGGAGUUAAAUUGUCAGAGAUACCAUCUGAUUUGCUGUGUAUGCACACUAGCCUCCCAAUUCUUCAAUAUGGAGGAGCAUUUGAUUGGCUUGAUGGUUUCUGGCAAAGUGGAACAUCAUAGACCAGCGCUUCGAGGGAGAAAACAAUCUUUAGGUAGGUGGUUCUUGUUAAAGUAACAUCCCCAUGAACACCAGUACCCAGGCUUUUGCAGUAGAGCAUUGCUCAGAGCAUAACACUACUUCCGCCGGCCUGCCUUCUUCCCAUAGUGCAUCCUAAUUCCACCACUUCUUCAGUUAACGACACACAUGACUUCACCUGAUCUUCAAGAAAACGUGAUUCAUCAUACCAGGCAGCUUUCUUCCUUUAAUCCAUGGCUCAGUUUUCAUGCUCAUUGAAGGCCCUUUUGGCAGUUGCAGGGGGUCAUGAUGGGCACUUUGCAGCUACGCAAAUCCGUUAAAGCUGCCGUGUGUGUCCUUUCUCGCAUGGCUUGCAUUAAGUUUUUCAGCAAUUUAAGCUACAGUAGCUCUUUUGCUGAGUGACUGUAGCAUCCCUUUAAGUUGGUUAGAGCCCCUAAACCAACAUUUAAAUCCUAUCAAACAACUUGUAACCAGCCACAUACACCCAUUAACCCUGCACAUAUGCACCCACAUGCCGCACAUAUGCAAAUACAUACAGUAUAGUACUAUAAUAGCGUAGAUGUGACGCACGCCCCUUUGCCUGGACACUUGCCACUGGCUCCUGAAACGAAAAUGCUUUUUUAUGGGGAACUGAGCGACGCUGGAGGUCCUUACACAGCGUGAGGACGUCCAGCAACGCUCUAGCACAGAAAACCUGUGCUAUAGACCAGGAAGUGCCCUCUAGUGGCUGUCUAGUAGACCGUCACUAGAGGUGGAGUUAACCCUGCAAGGUAAUUAUUGCAGAUUAUAAAAAAAAAAAAACUACAAUAAUUACACAGUCAGGGUUAAGGGUAGUGGGAGUUGGCACCCAGACCACUCCAAUGGGCAGAAGUGGUCUGGGUGCCUGGAGUGUCCCUUUAAUGUAACGGAUUCCCUAUACUCCGACUGAGUAUAUCCGUUAGUAGUCUCCCGAAUCCCAAGUGCUGCAGUGAUUAUAGCUCUCCUGUUUCCAGCAGAGUAGUGAUUAGAGCUCUCUAAUCCCCCAAACAUGAGUCUAGACUUCAUGAAGGGGUAAUCCAGUGGCCUCCUUUUAUACACAAUGCACAGCAAUAAUUACAUUAUGUAGAACACACCCACAAUACAGUCUCCCUUCAGGUUCAUACGUAAGCUCCUCCCUUUAAUUCCUGCAGCUGAGAGAUAAUUGUAGAUUAUGCUAACGUAGUGUACCUAUAAUCUUAAUUUUAAUAAUGACAGGAGGCGAGUAUUUUGCAUAACUUUCUUUACUUUAUGCCUCCAGCAGCACAAGUCAAUCAAUAAACUUUAAACCAAUCAGUAACAGGCAUCACAUUCAUAUAUAAAGCCCUGACAGUCACAUGACUUCCUCUUUCUUUGAUGCGAAAAACAGUCUAUUAUAACGUCAGGGAAUUCAAAUAACAGUCCUGAGUAACGUGUAGAACAUAACUUGAAACCUUCCAGCUUUAUCUUGUCGAAUCCAUCUAUGAUGAUUACGCUGAAAAGAACAGAAAUACGUGAAAGGUGAUGGAAACCAACUGUUGUCCACAUUAAAUCCAGUACUAUAUGUGUCUAUAUUUAUAUUAAGUUAAUAUACUGAAACAUUAAACAAACCAUAGUAUACUUAAUAAUCAACACGGAUCUAACACAUAUCAACCAAAUAAGCAUCCCAUAAAUAUACUGAAUUACCAAACCUUAUAAUUUACACUGAGAAAAUGACAAACCAAAAUAUAAAAAAUUUCCAGAGUAUAGGGAGGGAAACAGGGAGGGAAAAUACUCGCCUCCUGUCAUUAUUAAAAUUAAGAUUAUAGGUACACUACGUUAGCAUAAUCUACAAUUUUAUCACAUGACAGGAGGCUUCAUAUUUUGCAUUUUUAAAGCUGUGGUAUGAGCGAGAAGGAUGCGUGUGUGGUUGACGAAAAUAAAUAUACGGAAGUAGUCUAUCCGUGUCCAAUUCGUCGCUGAAAAUAUAGAGGCCCCCUCGUGAAGGCCUGAGAAGCAGCCGCGCCUCUUACCGAAUGAGUACCCAAACACGUCUCCACCCUCGCUAGCGAUAACAACCAAUGAACCCAUCUAGACAGAGUGUUCAUGGUAACUGGCUUGUACGGUUGGUAUAAGACCAGCAGAUGUCCUGAAUGUGACAUUCUAAGUGUUGUCGUGAUCUCCAUGUAACAAAGUACCCCUUUAACUGCACAAAGGCUGGGAAACCGUCGGUAACAGGGAACGAUACGGACACGGAUAAGAUAUAGUUCUACGAGACACUGUAGAAAUUAUUCUUUCCGGUGAUACCGAAAAGACCGUCUACGUUGAACUCCAGUACAUCUGAUACCCGACGAAAAGACCUAAAAGUAACGUGACUCUGGCUAAUGGCUGACUGAGGGAUAGGACUGUGAUAUCUGACUAGCUCCAAAAGAACCAAAUCAAAGUCCCACACCAGUGAUACUUUGACGCAUGGUUCUGGACGGUUUGAUACCCCACAGAAAAUGGCAUAUCAAAGGCUCUUGAUUGACCGGAGUGUCGUGAAUCGUGCUAUGCAUCGUCGAAAUCGCGGAACGUAGCCCGUUAAUGGAACGUUCCGAUCGGCCUGUAGUGAAAAGGUAUGAUAAAGAUCCAGCAUCGUGGAGAUAGGUGUAAUAAAGGGAUCGCAGUCCCUUCCCAUACACCAGCGAACUCAAGGUGUUCCAUGCGGAUAAGUUAUUUCGGGGGAAUACCUGGCGUCCAUGAGUCCCAUAGUAGGUCUCUAGUUGGUUGCGAUAGUCCCUUGACAUACCAGUCUCCCCUGGAAGACACCAAUCUACCAACUCCAGAUGCUCCUGCAUUCUCAAUGGAUGAUGUUCUCCUUUUGGAUCCGCCCGAAGGCAAGUUAAAACGGAAGGAGCAGAGGAUGAUCCUGAUUAAGGACAACCCUUCUGGGUGUCACGCUUGCCUCCUUUACCGCAGUAAUGAGUACUAUCGAAGUCUUCGCUAUUCUGAUCCCAAUUUCAUAGGUGUGUCCGUAUCUCAGGCAGUGAGCUUUCAGCCACUGUCUGGCCUGGUAGUGAAGCAGUCCUGGGAAAUAGUCAAAGGGUUAUGGUGCCUUUCCGCCGUACCCGUCGAAUUUCCUUACGAAUCGUCGCUAUCAAUGAUGUGGGAAGGUGUAAUCCGCCCAAGGUGGAAUCUAUUCUGAAAUAGAGGAACUGAAUCACUCGGAACUGGGAUCGAACCAACUCCUCUCUGUUCACUAUGAAUCCCAACAAUUCCCGAAACUGUAAACAUAAAUCUCGUUUGUAAACGUAGUCAUGAAUUGGAUUUGCAAAAGGUAAGUCGUCUAGGUAUAUGACAGCAGAUACCCUUUGCUUUUCAGUGCGCAGUGACCGACUUCAGAAACUUCAUGAGGCACCAUGUGAACCUAUAGGUAAGUGCCCUUCAAGUCCAACCUUGUAGAUCCCCUAAGAGAUGGAUACCUUCCUUCUUGAGUUGUCGGUACGCCCCAAAACCAUUGGGUUGGCAUAGGUUGAUGACUGGGUGAUAGUCUCCUAUCUUCUUCCUUACUACCAAACCGUUGCUGAGAUAAAUGGUUCUCCAAACGAUAGUCCGUCUGCCUGAGGUCCUCGCUCUUUCGUCCCUAACUUCAAUAGUUUGAAAUCCAUCUUUAAUCGGGCUACUUUGCGGCGUUCUGUGCACCUGUCUGCCUUGCGUUCCCCAACUUAUAUAUUGCCCUUUGCACCCAUUCCCUCACAUCGUGAGCUUCUAGAGGUGAGUCUUGUGUGGGGUCAGGUCCGCAAAGUAUAGAAUUUUUUCCCGGGCUGAUCAUAUCCAGUAUUUAACUCAUUUUGAGUCCUCCUCCUACACACUGAUCGGGACAUACAUAUCACCACGAGCUCCAUAGUGAGGACUAUCUUGUUCGGACAUAGAGGGCGUGGGCAUUCCAUCCUGAGCCGGUCUCGGAUUUCUUUUCCCAUAGGCCUCCUAAGCCAGAAGUGGGCCCGGUGCUCCAGUUAACCCCAUUCGGAUGACCCUGGUUGUCGGAUGGUGCGUGAGUCAAAACAGGAGUGUCCAGUGUGCCAAAGAAAAAACCUUUCUUGCUAGGCGUGUCUUGUCACUUUUACCUCUUCUGCCCUCCAUUCUUUCAUGAUCUCCAGAGAAGGGGGGGGAGGAUGAAGUCCUCGUCCCCUGAUGAUGGGUGUCCGACCUAACGUCGGUAUCUCAAUCUUCCAUUGGUGUUGCUGCCGUUGCACCCGCUCUGUCGGAUGGGUUGUUAGCCAGCAUACUGGAGAGGACUUCUUCCCCCGGAGCUGUCAUGGCAGCCUUAAUCCUCGCCUGAAAAUCGGUCGGGGAUAUUGAGGUAAGUCCGACAUGUUGGUUCACACCCUUUCGGUCCGUGGGAGACAGGAUCGUACAACAGUACACUUAUUGCCACUCAGUAGGCCUCCGCGUAUAACUGGGGGUCACCCAGAAUUUUGAUCAAUCAGUAUCAUUUUCGCAGGAUCCGGGGAGUGGUCUGAGAAUGAGGACACCCUCAGUAAGACCGGGAUGAGCGGUCUGCAAUGUCGGGACGUAGCCCGAGUCUGGGAGACGUGAAAGCCUCAAUAUAUAUAUAGUCCACGGGGUUCAUCCUUAUAUGGUCUAGAAUUGUGGGGUUUUGGCAGCACUGUGAGUUCUCCUUCUCGGUUAAGGGAAGGGCGUACGGAACCCCAGUUGAAGCAUAGAGGUGCCAGAAUACAUGCAUCUAGUGCGCCCUGGUCUGUGCAUACAAUGACAGAGCGUACUCUGAAGGUAGAAGCCCUAGAAAGGGUGCACCCCUUUGUACCUAUGCCACUAGCACCGGAGUAAGACUCGCUUGGGGUUCACCCAGCAUAGGGGGGUCACCCCUGUAUGAAUGUCUCUUAUGGCAUGUUGGGACACUCUUUCGGUCUAUGGGGUACCGAACAGGUGUCAGGUACGGUAGUACACUUAUUGCCACUUAGUGGGCCUCCACGUACAACUGGGGGUCACCCAGAAUUGUUUCAAUCAGUACCACUUAGAGAUUUCCUGGGAGUGGUCUGAGGAGGGGGUCACCCUCAAUAAGACCGGGAUGAGCGGUCAGUAAUGUCGGGACGUAGCCCGUGUAUGGGGAGGUAUGGUAGCCUCCAAAUUAUCCAAGGGGUCACCCUUAUAGGAUAUAGUACUGUGGAGAAUUGGCAGCACCAUGAGCUCUCCUUCCUGGCUCUGUCGAUAUACAUGUAUUCAGUGUGACCCGGUCUGUGCAUACAGUAACAGAUCGUACUCCGUGGAAAUGAGCCCGCCCUAGGGCGUGGGGGUUCCCCCCAGUAUAUGUAUGUCACUAGUACCGGAAUAAUAUUCGCUUGGGGUUCACCCAGAGUAGGGGGAUCACCCCAGUAUAUGUAUGUCACUAGGACAGGAACCAGAUUCGCUUGGGGGUCACCCAGCGUAAGGGGGGUCACCCCUGUACCACAAUGUCACUUUGGAGAGGUGUCUGCCACGCUUGGGGGUCACCCAGCAUAAGGGGGGUCACCCCUGUUAAUCACUCCGUUAUGUGCCUCCACUACUGUGUCCUGGGAGGUUUAUCCCUGUGGGGAAGGAGUGUAUCCAAUGGUUGUGAGGUCCAGUGGGAGUAGGGAGCGGAGUAAGAUAUCAGCUCUAUUUAAUUUCCCUGCCAGUAGAUAGAGUAAUGCAUUGACUAUAUACCCAUAGCAGGGGACAGUCCAUUCAUAAUCCUCCAGAUGUACAAUAAAACUGUUAUUCAACAUGUCAAUUGUAUAGAACAGAAUAGAGAAAACUGUCAGCAGAUGCACACAGCAGGGAUCAGUCCUACAUAUUCAUGCAGAGUUACAUAUAAAACUUUUAUUUCACAUGCCAAUGAAAUAUGCCAGUAUAGAGCUCAGCAGUGAACAGUCCAUUCAUAAUCUUCCAGGAAAGGUACAUAUAAAACCUUUAUUCCACAUGCCCAUGAACAGUAUUGAGCUCAAAAGUACUUGUAAAACUUUUAUUUCACAGGAAAAAUAUAUGAAACAGUACAGAACUAGCCGCCAGUUCGUGGGAAUCACGAACUGGCCAAACGACAUGGCCGACGUGAAUCUCGCGAGUGCCGCGAGAUUCAAGAUGGCCGCCGUUCGCGCGCAAAAGUGCCGUGCGGCCCACGAUCGAGGAUACGAUCGCGGUCUGCCGGCAUGGAAAAGAGUCCCCCCGACAUCCCCAACCCCCAGAGACCUGCCCUGAAGUCCCAGCACCAAUGAAUAAAAAGCGUGCUCGCGGUAAAACGCCGCGAUCCAUGCGAGACCAGAGUAAAGCAUAGGAAAGAAAAGGUGCCAGCAACAGAAAACAGGCUAAUAAAGCAGAAAAUACAGGGUUAAUUCAGGGGAAGGGUAACAGGGGGAGAAUAUCACACUAUACAAAUCCAAAUGGAAGGCAAGUGCAAAAUAAUGAAAAACGUUUAGGCCAAAAUUGCAGGACAAGCUAAUAAAGUUUAACAAAAGUGGCCAUGCAUAUCCAGAAACAGUUUGGAGCAAAAACUGAAUGUCUAGCAUUUAAAAUCUAACUACAGUAGCAAUAUUAAUAAAAACAGUUGGAACAAACUGAAAGUUAAGCAAUAAAUGAUUAACUAAUGACAAUUGCAAUAUUCAGUAAAACAGUUUGGAGCAAAAUACUCUGACCUGUGCCUUGGCUGGUAAGCAGCAAAGAAAGAGGAAGUCAUGUGACUAUCAGGGCUUUAUAUAUGAAUGUGAUGCCUGUUACUGAUUGGUUUAAAGUUUAUUGAUUGACUUGUGCUGCUGGAGGCAUAAAGUAAAGAAAGUUAUGCAAAAUAUGAAGCCUCCUGUCAUGUGAUAAAAUUGAGUCUAAAGGACCUUAUAUCUCUGUUACAGGAAAAUAUACACAAAAUCAUAAAACAAUCAAAAACAUUAUAAAAAUACAUAAUAACCACACAAAUUAUACAAUCUUAAACACCCCUGAUCUGAGCGCCCAAAUUGUGCAAAUUGCUCAAUGCAGUACAGAGGAAUCGCCUAUGCCCAAAACAGUUCCAGAGCAUUUGGUGCGUUUGCCGGUCAACUUUCUGGGGCUCCAGCGGAUGAACUACAGGGUGUUCCGCCUGGAACGCAAACAGCAUUUGUUCCCCAUAGUCUCAGACACCUUCCCUCCAAACAGCGCUCUCCUGGCCGUUUUUAAAGUGUUCCCCUAGCUGAAAAUAGUUCCAGGGCAUUCGCGGCUAGGUCCUCCUGAAGUCUAUAUUUGCAGUUUUGGUCCAUGCGAAUGGCCGCCAGGGAGCUUGCGUUCGGUUCUAUGCGCACCAAUGGUACGUGCCAAACCAGGGGGAAUAAAAUAUGGGUCUUUACAGUCGCUGACCUGGCCCAUAGUCGGUGUGCACGAGGCCAGCUUCCACACUCCUCCAGGAGCCAGAGGCGAACGUCCAGGCAAUGGGGCGUUCGUCACAGUAGAUAACUACACAACUAUGUUAAGAAAAAAAUAUAUUGCUCUUGCUGUAUAUAAAGAUAUGUUAUGUUAGGACAUCUUUUGUCCAAAAAAGUCUCCUUUAUACAAUGUUCUGGAAACAAUGUAUUUAUUAUUUCCCUGUUAUUUAAUUUAAAGGGACACUAGAGUCACCAGAAAUAUUACAGCUUAAUGUAGUGUUUUUGGUGUGUUUAGCAUAUCUCUGCAGUGUGAGCACUCUAAACUGCAUUUUUACAUAGUUUACAUUGCUGCCUACUAACACCUCCUAGAGGCAGUUGCACAGAUGGCCACUAGAGGUGCUUUCUAGUCCAGUGCUACAUUUGAAUACUAAUACCAGUGCUGCCGUGUGUUCCACUGGCGUUCAGUGUCUCCACACUCUCCAUGUAGUAGGUGAACGUUCCGCAUUGAUUAAGUUCAUCUCUAUGAGGAGAUGCUUAUUGGCGCAGCACUGUGUUUUGGCCACCCAUGCGCAUUAGCCUCCCAAUUAUUUCCUACGGUAAAGCCUUUUUUACUGAGAUUGGAGGGUGGUGGUUACCUAAACAGCCAAUUAAGGACUAUAGUUUCCAGAAUGCAUGUUUGAAUUCCUGAUACUAUAGUGUUCCUUUAAAAAUCCUUGCAGUUAUAAGCCACUCGCAGAGUUGUGAGUGGGUGCAGGCUACUCUAUUUGCAAUAAUACAAAAUGGUGCCUAGAGUGACCUUUAACUUAAAGGGACACUGUAGGCACCAAGACCACUUCAGCUUUUUGAAGUAGUCUGGGUGCUGUGACCCUUCUGCACUUAGUGCUGCAAUGUAAAACAUUGCAGUUCCAGAGAACUGGAAUGUUUACUUUGCAGCUCGAAGUCUGCCCUCUGUGGCUGUCUAAGAGACAGCCACUAGAGGGCUUCCAAAAUCCAAACUUACGUUUGGUCUGUUAUCUGACGCUGGAGGUCCUCAUGGAUCUCCAGCGUCAGAUUUUCCCCAUAGCAAAGCAUUGAGUAAUGCCUUCCUAUGGGGAGGUCUAAUGCGAGCGCGGCCAUUGCCACGCAUGUGCAUUAGGUCGCUGACUUCUGCGGGGGAGGAGCGUUGGCGGAGCCUGACCCAGCGCCGAGGGACAUCGGUGCUGGGUUCAGGUAAGUGACUGAAGGGGUUUUAACCCCUUCAGUGACAUAGGAUUGGGGGCAGGAGGAUUGGCCCCAUGAGAACACUUAAACUCACUGUAUGUCUGCAGGUUAGAUAGUGGCAUAUUGGGCAGAGAUUUGUCAAAGUUUCAAGUAACACAAUCAUCGUAUACAAUCAUCAUAGAAACUAGUGGAAGCAGGCACAUUCCUCCCAUUUAAAAUAUUUGCACCACUUUUCAGAACAAGACACUUUGCUACAUCCCCCCAUAGUCUCACUGAAAGAUAGUGAUUCUCUAGAGCCAGACCAAAAACCAAUCAUUGUGUUGAUGUAUUUAUAGUCCAACACCUAAUCAACAUAGAAAGGCAAGCCAACUUACAGCCUACGCCACAAGAUUGCAUUUGGAAAGUACCAUUUGUUAGCGGUUAGGUUGAAGGGAGUGUUAACUGAUAAAGUCAAACAAUGAUGCAACGUAUUUCUCUUGGAGCUUUAUACAAUACAAAAAGCAUUAACAAAUAUGCACAGAAAAUGACUGCAAGUGAAGUAAUGUAUUAAAUAUUUUUUUUUAUUUUAUGGUUUCUUUUUCAGUUUGUAUAUUAAAUGUAAUCUAAACCGUUUUAUCUCAUUUAAGAAUAUUAAUACUUUGUUUUCUCUUAAUUCAAUCCCAUAUGUACAGGUGGAAAGAUCGUAAAAUCCCGUUACAUGCAGUAUGACAAGUGCAAAAUUGCAAAGGUACAUUUCUGCAACUUGAAUGUUCUAGAUAAAAUGUUCAAGUCUCUGUGUUUGAACCUGCAAAUUUAACAUCUUAUAGGGCUACUUCAGCAUUGUAACCAAUGUUUUCCCAACAAGCACUAACAUGGGAUAUGUGGCUUCUGCGGAGCAUCUUUUGGCAGAGGGCAUGCAUUGAGACACUAUCGGGGUCUCUCCAGAUCCUGGGAGGCUCCUUUUGAGUGCAGAAAAGCAGAGACUCAGAUGCUGAGAACGAUAACUCUGCUGUGGUGAUUUAACCCCUUAAGGACACAUGACAUGUGUGACAUGUUAUGAUUCCCUUUUAUUCCAGAAGUUUGGUCCUUAAGGGGUUAAAGGGCUAUAUCCAGUGUUCGCUUUGAGCCCUGCUUACAGCAAAUUUGUUAGUCUGUCGCAACAUAUGGUUGCAGCUGACAAAAGGGAGCCAAGGUAUCAAUUGAUACCCAAGUCUCCAUGGUGUUAGCAGAGAUUUAACUGCAUGAUAUUCCAUGCUAUCUUAAUCGUGUUAAAGCCCAUUAUUUCAAGUAAGGUAUGGAAUAUUAACAUCAUUAAGUGCUUAAAUUGGGUUCAUAUUUGCCAAUUCAAUUCAUUGUAUUUCACAACCAUAGUAUAAUUAUUAUGCAUGAGAUUGGGAUUCCAUCACUCCAAGUUUAAGAUUGCUGCCUAUACCAUAUUAAAACAUUAUAUAAUUAAAGAGGAACACAGAGUUUAAGCUUUAGCUUGUUGAUGUGUGUGUAUAUAUAGUGCAAAGACCCUGUCCCUGUAGCCUUUCUUUUUAAAAGUGUUUAAUUCCGGAGAUUAUUUUUUUCUCUCUCCUUUCUGUGUGUAGGUACGCCUUCCUGGGUUGUAAAAUCGGCAGCUGGAAUACUCUAUUCCUGUUUGACAAUAUUUGUUUUCUGCAACUUUUGUAUGUAGCGUCGGUGCGCACAUCAUGCUAACCCCAAAUAAUGCAACAGGCCCCCAUUUGCCCACUAAAACUCUGAUUUAAAUCCUCAGUGGCAAAAAUGUGGAUAAAAUAGCUGGAUUGGACAUAUUUCCCAAUUUGCUAUAGUCACAGCAUGGCUAGUUUUGCCUCUAUAUUGCCAUUCCGAUUUAAUUCUGAGUUUAGUCUAUAACCAUUUCCCUAUCAAAGCUCCUGUUGCCCCGCUCCUCCCAGGCAAUUUAACUCUCUCUUUCUCUGAUAAAGAAAAAGUACAUGGUUCUGGUUUUUAAACUCUGCCCUUCCUAGGUACAGAGGUCAUAGGGAGAAGGAAAAAAAUGAGUCAGAAAUGUGUUAAACUGAGUGCAAAAUGUCUGCUUUGGGUGAGUCCUUUAAUGCUCAGUGAGUCUCUGGCUGAGGAAGAGGAGAGUUCUUCCUUUGCCUUUCGCUCUUCUCGUGGCCUGUGAUUGGACCACUUGCCCGCUCAAAGCACAUUCCCGCGCCCUGUGCUGGUAAGAGGAGGGAGUGGAUUGGUGGGUUAAAAAAAAAACAACGUUGCUCAGAGAGUGGGAGGGGAGAGCGAACUUGUGCUGUGCCAGCAAGGGGAAGAUUUUCACAUCUGAGUGCGGGAAUUUAUUUCAAUUUGUUUUUCUUUGCAGAGAAUUAUACAUUUCUCAGUAUGUGCAGUGUUUCAUGCAGACUCGUACCACCAUAAGACUUUAACCCCUUAAGGACACGACAUGUGUGACAUGUCAUGAUUCCCUUUUAUUCCAGAAGUUUGGUCCUUAAGGGGUUAAGUCACCUAAGUGGUUAUGGCAGUUGGAGUAACCGUUUAAGAUAACAAACCGCCUAACACUUUUGCAAUAUUGACAUCUCCUUCUCUUUGGCCCAUAGGUUGUUAUACUUGAUGUUCUGUGCAUUUAAUUGUGAUGUGUACAUUGUUCCUCUCACUUAACUUAGUUGAAGUGCACACUCUGAACUGGUACAUUUCACUUUAAUAUUGUUACGCAUCGAUGUCGCUCAACAGAAUGCCAUGCCCUCAUGUGGAGGCGAUAUAUCUGUAUUCUGUAAAACGUUAUAAACACAAAAUAAAAAAUUAUAGGACAUGUAGUCUACAAUAGUUUUAUAUAGCAAGUUACCAUUUUAAUGUAAACCCUAAACUUAAAAACCAGCAAAAUGGUUAGUGGAUCUUUACUUUUUCUACAGCGAAUAUUGAUUUAUAUUUUGAAUUAUAAAUGUACCUGAAAUUUAUGCUGCAUCCUUCUAUAGUUGUUAAUAUAUAGGUAUAGCACGUCUGUUGUGCUCCAGUGGAUAAAAAGAAAGUCUUUGAUUUGUUCCAGAGGCAUCACCUGCCGAGGAGAUUAUCAUCUUACACACAAUGAAACCUAUAUUACCUGGCUCAAAGCCAAUUACAUCUAAGGUUAACGGGGUCAUGUAAACUGAAACUGCAGUUUAGUAUUGGGUACACAUUUACAUUAAAUUAAAGGGAUUGAAUGACAAAGCAACCUCAAGGUACAUCUGUGGUAAAUUUGGCAAACAAGGAACUAAACAAUAAUGCACAUUUAUCUGCUCAAGAUUACUAAUUGAUAAAAAAAAAAUAACCAGCUAUAUGAGAUAUUGUUGAAAUGCUUCACCUCGCUCGUGUAUUUAAAAAAAAAAAAAAAUAAAUUUAAUUUUUUAUUUUAAAUUCUUCCUUAGGGCUAUAUUUAAGUGAGUCACUAUAGAAAACAACCACACUUCCAUCUGUGUACCGUGCUAGGCAUAUUCUAGGGAACUUAUGGUACAGCCGCCCCACCCAAAUAAUGUGGCAGCAUACCAAGGAAAGUAAUGCAUUAAAUACACAGUCACACAAAACGUGUCUGUGUCAUCACUUGCAGCCUCCUUCGUAAACAUGUCUGGCUCUGCUAACUUGAGGUGCAAAUACUUGAAGGGACAGGAGGCAGCAGCAGGGCUGUGCUGCCAAACAACUCUGAUCAAGCCAUUUUCUUCCUAAUAAAAAAAAAAACCUCUAGGAACAAGGCAAUUCCAGAGGACCAGACAGAAUGGCUGGGAAGAGGAAUUUAGUAAAAUUAUUAAAUCCCGUAUUGUGUUAUUGGAGCAGUAUUAUACAACUUAUUUUUUUUCUUAUACUUUAUAAUUUAAUUAUUAAAGGUACCCUUGACAAUUUUUAUAAACCAGGAAGCACUUUUUUAUAUAUAUAUAUAUAUAUAUAUAUAAUGAAGCCAAACUAAAACAAGAAAAGCCUUGAAAAGUAUGUAAUACAUGUUUGUAAACUUGGUUUUAUUGUAUUGUUGAGCACACCUCUCAGGGGAGUUUCUUCAGCCUCCACCCCUCCUUAAACACACAUCCCUGUUUCAGACCAGUCCACUAACAGAAACAGGGCAUUAUUGCACAGCAGCAGGAGAUAGAAACCUAACAGGGCCUGCUGUGCUUGAAUCACACUGAUAAGAUUCUCUCUAUCAGGGUGAUGCAAAGUGAAUAGAUUUUAAACAUAUGUAUAUAGGCAUGCCUAAUUGGCAAUGUAUGGAAUUGUCUGCAGACACGUGUAUAUGCGUGGAAAGUCAGUGGUGAGAAUUCAGGGAAAAUAUAUAGUGGAUGCCAGGCACUCUUGAUUUUGGCUUCAAUAUUCAUGGAACCCCACCUACAGUCAGUUCUAUCAUGGGGAUGAGUGGAGCAGGAGGAAAGGCUUUGUUGUUCAGUACUCAGCUUUCCUUCACAUAGGUGGUACGUGUCAAAGUAACAUCCACGUGAAUGCUAGGACUCAACUUUUCCCAGCAGAAUAUUGCCAAGAGCAUAUUGCCCUUCAUCCUGCUGCAAGCUCAUCCCCAAGUCAAUGACACACAUCAGGGCAUCCAGCUGAUAUAAUAGAAAACGUGAUUCAUCAGACUAUACAGCCAUCUUCAAUUGCUCCAUGGUCCAGUUCUUGAACACACUAACCCGUUCCCUGUAUGGGUGGCUAAACUACUAUUCCCUCUCUAUAAGAGGCGGGACACACGCUUUAACGCGAUUCUUCUCGACGCGUAUCCGAACCCCCACUACAUGGGAUGGAUUUACACCUGACAGAGGUAACGGGGAAAACACCUCUCGACACAACCCACCAUAGGUAACACCACAGGUAUCAAGGGGUAAAGGGCCAGACCGAAAAGGCAACUUUAAGACCCCCCUAGACAUUGACACUAACCAUUAGCCCCCCAGACUGUUCAUCUACCCCCCAUUUGAGACCCCCACUAGUUGAAGUGCCACAUUACCCCACGGCCGCACUAGACCCCAACUUAUUUUGCAGAGCCACACUAACUGAACUUGGGCCUCCAGGAUGUCAACCCUAUUACAUGGGAAGUCUCCUGCAAGGGACCCCCACCUCAGACUAGGUGUGAUAACGAGAUAGGGAACCAUCAACCCUCUGAGGACUCUCGGGAGGCAAAGAUGGGGACAGCCUUCCACACCCACAUAUUAUGCACUUAAUAUUCCAAGUUUUGGUUACACUCUUACACUUUAUUAACUUGUAUGCAUGUGAUUAUUGUUGAUACAAUUUUCUCGUACUAUUACUGACUCCAUUAAAAGCACAACUAAAGCUCGCAACUACAACAUAAAUACCUCAACCUGCUCACUAACUCCAUAAGCUACAAAAGCUAACGCAUCACUGUGAUACGUUUAAGGCUACGCUUUGGGGGAGGAUUCUCUUAGGAAGAGGCUCACACCUUCCGAGAUCCAUUCCCACACCCAUACUCUCCUCCCGCACUGACCCUCCUCCUACAGGUCGAGGGGUGCUUAUAAUGUCUGUAUCAGACAAAGUACACACUCCACCCUUCUCACUUUCCCCCCUCCGUUAGAUCUCUUUUCUCUUCUUCCUUCUCUUUCCCCUCUACCUGGCCCAUUAACCCCUAACCUUUGCGCGAGGAUGUGGGUUCCGACCUAGAAAGCAACCCAACCUUGCUCACACGAGUCGCCCCGCUUGUCCUGACGACUGACUACAGCCUCACACCUAAAAUCCACCAUGCCCACUACUGUAACCUGCCUGUCCAUAAAUUGCAUGGGCCAUAGUAACCUAUCUAAACGCCACCAAGUCAUGAGAUGGGCCAACAGAAAUCAUACUAGUUCAGGAAACCCACUUCUCCCAGGCCAAGCUGUUCCCACUCCUGAGCUGACACUUUAACAAACACUUCCUAGCAAAUUCCCCCACAGGUAAAAACAGUGGAGUGGCAAUUGUGAUAUGCAAAUCUUGCCCAAUGGCCAUUCACCACACAAUUGGCGCCCCCCAAGUGUGAUAAAUCCCUAUAACAGGUAGAAUUUACCUCUGUAUACGCACCCAAUACCUCAAACAGCGACUUCUGUCAGGCCCUUAGAACGCACCUAGCACACUUCCCCUCCCACCAUCUAAUGGUGGGCGGAGGAUUCAAUGCAACACCGGCCCCAGCACUAGACAGACAUUGCUCGAAUCAUGCUCCACACUCUCAACCCCACAUCGCCAAAAUCAGAAAGACUAUUUCACUCAUUCAUGUCCCAAACACAUUUAAUGGACGUCUGGACAAUUCAACACCUGACCACACAUGACUUCACUUUCUACUCAAACUCCCACCAAUCUCAUUCCCGCAUCAACAUCUUCUUGGUCUCCCUUCUGCUCCUGGGAAUGAUUACAACGACAUCCAUAGUCUCCAUCACCUGGUCCGACCAUUCUGAAAUCUCGCUCACCCUCUUGAUUCACAACACAUCUCGGCCAUAGUCGUGGCGUCUGAACCCAACCCUUAUCCACAAUUCCCUUCUCAGGGAAUCUAUUCAAAAAGGUAACAAUGAAUACUUCACAUUGAAUAAGGACUCUGUCUCCUCACAAGGCACACUCUAGGCGGCACACAUAACAGUCCUCAGGGGAACGAUAAUUGCCUUAACCUCAGCCCACAAAAAAGAAAAACUUGCCAACCUGGAACACACAUUGGCAGAACUCCGCUCUCUGGAAGGACAACAUAACCCAACUUAAACAUGAAAAUCUCAAACUGCUGAAAGACCAUCAAAGACUUUAUGACCAAAGACUCCAUAAAAGCCUUACAGUGGAUGAAACAACUUUUCUAUGAAAAGUAAACAAAAAACAGACACUCUAUUAGCCCGCAGAUUAAAACGCACUGCACAUAAGCAGCGACUGACUGACCCAGAGGGGAAAAUUAAAGUGCAACCAGACUAAAUAGCUACAGUCUUCCAAUAAUACUUCACCUCUCUAUACGACCACAGCUUAUGCCAACCCUACUACAGUUGCAGACCUAACCGACCGAUACCUCAGUUCUAUCGCCCUAUCCUCCCUAAAACCCGAGGCGGCCUCUAUGCUAUCCUCACCUAUCACCAAGAAAGAACAGAGCAAAACCUUUAAAACAACAAAACCCAGACAGCUUCUCGGUGCUUUAUUAUAAAACUUAUACUUACACACUCCUCCCACAUCUGUCUUCAACACCAUCCUCCAGGGAGAAGCACUCCCACAUGAUAUGCUACAGGCAAAUAUAUGCAUACUCCCCAAACCUCACAAGACCCUCACAGAACUUAGACACUUCCGCCCUAUCUCACUGCUCAACCUGGACGUAAAAUUGUUCUCGAAACCCACAGCAGACAGCCUAAACCCGUUUCUCCCCAAACUUAUACACGCAGAUCAAGUUGGUUUCAUCCCCUUCCGACUGGCCAGUGACAACACAAGACAUGUUUUCAACCUCCAAUGGACAGUACACCACCGCCACAUACCUACACUAUUUCUCUCCAUGGACCCCGAAAAGACCGUUUACUCUGGCCUUUCUUUUCGCUGUCCUCCGCAAAUUCGGCUUCCCUCUAAACAUAAUGGACGCCCUGGGUGAAAGAUUGCCAUUUAUAUAGCACCAACAGAUUAUUUAGCACUUUACAGUAUACUUCAUUCUACCCUCACAACAAACCUACUCCCUCUCACCCACCCCUCUUCGUCCGUUUAUAAAACGGCACACGACAGGGUGCUAUCCCUGAAAUCCCUCCUACAAACCCUAUGCAAUGCCCAAACGAUCAAAGGCAUUCAAAUCUGCUGAGAGGUUUACAAAACAGCCGCGUGUGCAGUGCAACGACUUACUCCUCUCCAUUACAGAACCAUUACAAUCCUAGCUGAACCUAAUCCUAGCAUUAGAUGUAUAUGCCACUAUCUCCAGAUUCAAGCUCAACACCGAAAAAACAGAAGUCCUCCCUAUCCAUAUAGAACCUACUACCCUAUCUAUUGUGCAACAAACAUACCCUUUCACCUUCCAAACCACUAACAUGCACUACUUCGGCACACAUCUCCCAGCAUAUCUUUGCCAGAAAUACCGACUCAACUAUACACCUCUCCUUCAAAAAGCAUUGCAAGACCUUACUACAUGGACUGAACUCUCCAUCUCAUGGCUGGGAAGACUAGCAUCCAUAAAAAUAAACCUGCUGCCCAGAUUCCUCUGUUUAUUUCAAGCUCUUCCCAUCCCCAUAUCAUUGGCAGACUUUAAACUCCUACAAACACAAACAGACAAGUUCAUAUGGGCCAACAAACGGGCUAGGCUCAAAAUGGCUACACUAUACGUCCCAAACAGAAAUGGAGGAUUGGGCUUACCUUACCUCACCUCACUCACUACUUCUAUACAGCACAAUUGGAGCCAAUUUAAAAUCUACAAUCCCUUAUAGGUGUUAAGCGGUGGGUCGACCUGGAACACGACAUCCUAGACAGAGACUUCCCAUUUAUGGCUCCCCAAACAAGGCAGACCUCUGCUACCUCCCACUUCUCCCACCCUAUUCCUGUCUUUCAAAAUCUGAGACCGGAUGGCACUCAGUACUCUUACUUCAGACCCUUCACCUAUGACCCCAAAUCUCCAUUAUCUACUCGCACAUCACCCAAACAUUCACUGAUGACUCUCUAUACUAUGUGUCUGCUUGGGAGAGGGAUCUAGGCCCUCCAUCAGAACCCUCAGACUGGAGAGAUAUAUGGGAGGCCACGGCUUCUCUCUCUAUUUGUGUUCACCACAAAGAUCAAACCUACAAGACCCUGAUGCGGUGGUACCUGACCCCCCUCCGCUUGAAACAAAUGGGUAAAUCGGACACAGAACUUGGAAUGGUUGCGGGAUCAAGGGCACAUAUAUCCACCUAUGGAGGGAAUGCACACAUGUCGACCAACUCUGGAGCCAAGUCGCCCUAUUAUUAUUAUUAUUAUUAUUAUAAUUAUUAUUGCCAUUUAUAUAGCGCUGACAGAUUCCGUAGCAAUUUACAAUAUUAGGAGAGGGGGGAUUUAACUAUAAAUAUGACAAUUAGAAGAAAACUUACCGGAAUGAUAGGUUGACGAGGACCCUGCUCAAAAGAACUGACAGUUUAUAGGAAGUGGGGUAUAAAACCUUUAGCAAUUGACAUUAAGGAUACUACACAUGUAUAUUCCAAUGGAUCUGUGGAUAUGGCUCCUCUCCAAAGCACACAAAGACUCCUACAGAGCACAAAACAAAUUAAUAGCCCGACUAGCACUAGCCACGAGAAACACAAUGGCAGAAAAGUGGAUCUCCCCCAACCUACCAUCUCUAGAUACAGUCAAAAAGAAAAUGGAAGAAACCCCAAAAAUUGAUUCUGUCAGCCCUGAUUCAUGACCCCACAAAACAUAAAAUAUAGGACCCGUGGACUAUCGAUUUCCCACUACCUCUAUAGGGUGGGCCCAGUCACAGAGACGGGUGGAGGACCACCCCCCUUUUAUAUAUGGAAACCAUGUGCAUAGCAAAGACCGAAUAGAUAGUUAUUUUUAUAAACUUUUGUUAAUGUCUGUUACUAUUUUCUGUUUUUCAUCUCCUGUUAUUGUGUUACCUUGUAACAUUACUUCAAUAUCAUUGUAACUGUAAAAUGCCAUAAAGGCACCACAUGCUUAUGUCUUUUAUUAAAAAAAAAAAAAAGAAGAACGGAAAUUUUAAAAAGACAUUGCAAAAAUAGCUGAAAGUUGGCUGUUUUGGCCUAAAAUGUGUAUUGUUUUUUUUUGUUUGUUUUUUUCUUCACAGUUCCAGGUUUGAAGGAUUAAUCCUUUUUGUGUUAAAACUGUUAUCUGAUGCUGUUUAGUUCAAAACUGAGAUAUUGAUAUGGUUUUUCUGCUUUAUCCUUUAUAGAAAAAUCUGGCUAACACAACAGUAUGUUCAGGUGGGAAGGCACCAGAGAGAACCAGCAGCGGCACACCCACGCGUAGAUCUAUAGCUCCUCAGCGGACAAAGGCUAUGCCGGGUAAAUAAGAAACUUAACAAUUUUAGGUUAAAGGAAUCCUCUAAGCACCACAGAAACUUUAGCUGAAUGAAGCACUUUGGGUGUGUAGAUCAAACCCCUGCACUCUCACUGCUCUAUUCUCUGCCAUGUAAGCUUUAAACAACUUUGUUUUUGGAGCACUAAUCACCCCUCCCCUAGCUCACACAGCCUACAUGGGAAAAAAUUGUUAUUUUCAACUUAUCACUGUAUAGCACUGUGUGUUUAGUUUAGGACAUGGAUAGGCAACCUUUGGCACUCCAGAUGUUGUGGACUAUAUCUCCCUUAAUGCUCUUACAGCAAAAAGCAUCUGAGGCAUGUAGUCGACGACAUCUGGAGUGCCAAAGGUUUCCCACCCCAGGUUUAGAAGUUCGUGUCUCCUGCUCUGGUAAUUAAACUUGAAUCACACACAGGAGGCUGUUGCAAGCAUUUAAACGACCACUGAAGCCCCCUGGUCAUUUUGGCUCGGUGCUGUGGUCUGGGUGCAGUGGUCCUGUAUUUUUAACCCUUCAAUGUAAAACCAAGAGUUUCAUAGAACUAUCAAUUGCUGGGUUAACACACCUCUUGUAGUUGUCUUCCAGACAUCCUCAAGAAGCACAUUGGCGCCAUCGAAUGACGUAUGGAAUCGGAUACCCGAAUAAAGGGUUAUUUAGCAAUUUGCAUCGCUGGGUGGUUUGAAGGGGCUGAGAAACACAUUAGUGUCAGGAAUUAGUGUUAUUUUAAUGAACUCUGCCUAGGAGGCAGAGCAGGAGGACUAAGAUUGGUGUGGCAAGGGCUAAAAGGCAAGUAAAUUGCUCAUUCCAAAACCUCACAGUUUGUAUUCCUAAUGCAAUACUGUUUCUAUAGAGCAAGAUGAAAGAAAUUCUUAAAACAUCUAUCAUGUUUUUCCAUUAAUAUAGCCCAGGAGAUCAAUUAAGAGUACAUUAAAUUAUCAUUACAAAUUGCCACUAUCUGUGGCUGAAAUGUGUCAUCUCUGAAGAAGUCCUCUACACACGGGUAACUAGUUAUUUGGACUAGAAUGUCUGUACCGAUACUCAUGGGCUGUUUUCAUGGCAUCUUGAUGAUGAGCAAAGUCUAUUGUAUAUUAGUUGGUGUUUGAAAAAACUUAUGAGGUCUUAUAAACUUUGUAAUUUAUGUAUUUUAACCUAGGCAUUGCUUCUAAUGUUCUCGAUGGAAGUCUUUUUUGGAAAGAUGAUUUGCAGUCAACGUUGUUAGAUGGCCACAGGAUUGCCCGUCCAGACCUGGAUCUCUCUGUUAUUAAUGGUAUGUGUAUGCUUAUUAGUUGGUAAUUAAAUUUAAAGGACCACUAUAGUCACCCAGACCACUUCAGCUCAAUGAAGUGGUCUGGGUGCCAGGUCCCCCAGGUUUUAACCAUUCAGAUGUAAACAUAGCAGUUUCAGAUAAACUGCUAUGUUUAUAUUGCAGGGUUAAUCCAGCCUCUAGCGGCUGUCUUCCUGACAGCCGCUAGACGCGCUUCUGCACCGCUGAAUGCGAAAAUCGCAUUGAGCGUGCAGAACGUCCAUAGGAAAGCAUUGAGAAAUGCUUUCCUAUGGGUGUUUUUUAAUGCGCGCACAGCUCUGGCCGCGUAUGCGCACACCGCUCCACUCGGGAGCUGACGACGGAGUGGGAGGAGAGGUCACCAGCGCCGAGGGAGCCUGGCACUGGAUUAAAGUAAGUAGCUGAAGGGGUUUUAACCUCUUCAGCCCAGCGGGAGGGGGCCCCUGAGGGUGGGGGGCACCUAAGAGUUAUAUAGUGUCAGGAAAACGAGUUUGUUUUCCUGACACUAUAGUGAUCCUUUAAAUUAAGCAAGUUCAUUUUCACAUUCGAGAGCGCUCAGUAAAAAGAUCAUGGUUUAAAUGCCAAGAGAGCCCCAGUUUUUGUCAAAACAAUAUAAAACAGUUCUGAUGUAGGCCUGCUUUUGUCUUUUUGUGCAGCCCAGUUAAUGAACAAGGUACCGGAAAUAAAAAAAAAAUUUCACCUACAUAUAAUUGUAUAAUGUUACAAUAUCUCAGGAGAUGCCUUUUUUUUCUUAUUUUCUUUCCAAAUAGUUCUUCUUUUUCUAGCCGUCCUUCAUAACUAAAAUAUUCGUUGCCUCCACUGAGUUUGAAUUUUUAUAACUCCAGAAUAUAUUUCUUUAAAACAGGUGCCCAAACUAGCACUACAUAUCCAGUGUAGUGCUAGUUUGGGCACCUGUUUUAAAGAAAUAUAUUAUUUAAUAAAGUGGCAAAAUAUUUUCAUCACUUUAUUUAAUGCCUGACUUUAACAAAUGAUGACUGACAUUGCACAUUGUUGCCUAGUCUGUUGUCGAACUAUUCACAAGACCUCUUUCAUUAUUCAUCUUACUCAGUACAAUUUAUGGUAUAAAUUGUUUGUGCGUUCCUCAUCCUUAAAUGCAUAACUUUGAUUUUACAUUCAAUUUAAUCUUUCACUUGACUUUUUAGUCUGCUAUAUUACCUAAUAUUUAUGCAGAAAAUAAGUAUUAUGCAGGGGUGUGGAAAUUAAAAAAAAAAAGCCACUUGUCCAGGGAAUUAAGCGUUUGCCCAAUCUCCUUGUCCGCCAGGACAAUCUACUUGUACUGAUACAAAAAAUUAGAGAAAAAUAAAACUCACAGAGUUAUAACGUUCAUACACCUUUUAAGUGGUAUUCUUUAGAUUUUCAAAUGAGAUUUAUAGCUUACUUUAUACAAAAUAUAAUUAUAAUUAACUGUGGCAACCUCAGGAGGCCAUUUAUUGGUUACAAAAAAGGCAGUGCUUAAGGACCAAACUUCUGGAAUAAAAGGGAAUCAUGACAUGCCACACAUGUCAUGUGUCUUUAAGGGGUUAUACUGCUGAGCCUACAGGGCCAAUCUCUUUGCUCCAGAACCACUACAUUAAACUGGUGUGGCUCUGUUGCUUAGAGCACCCCUUUAAAAACUGGUCUUUGGUAAUAUAGUGUCGGGUGGAAUAGCUAUGUAGUGUGUAGGUUAUGCAGUGUGUGUAAGGAACAUAGUGUGUAGGUUUUGUAGUGUGUGUGUGUGUAGGAAUAUAGUGAGGUGUGGGAAAGGGAUGUACUGUGUAUGUGUGUAGGGAACAUGGUGUGGUGCAGGAUAGAGAUGUAGUGUGUGUAGGGAACAUGGUGUCGUGUGGGACAUGGAUGUAGGGCACACACUAUAGUGUGGAAUAGGGAUGUAUGUGUAUGUUUGUAGGUUUUGUAGAGUGUGUAAUGCACAUAGACUGGGGUGGAAUAGGCAUGUACUGUAUGUAGGGCACAUAGUGUGAGAUAGGGAUGUACUGUAUGUAGGGCACAUAGUGUGGGAUAGGGAUGUACUGUAUGUAGGGCACAUAGUGUGGCAUAGGGAUGUAGUGUGCGUAGGGCACAUAGUGUGGGGUGGCAUAGGGAUGUAGUGUGUGUGUGUGUGUGUGUGUGUGUAUAUGGCACAUAGUGUGGGCUAGGGAUGUGGGGUGGGUAGGGCACCUAGUGUGGGGUGGGAUAGGGAUGUUGUGUGGAUAGUGCACAUAGGGUAGGAUAGGGAUGGGGUGUGGGUAGGGACACAAAGUGUCUGGUGGGUAUGGCACAAAGUGUGGGGUGGGAUUGGGAUGUGGUUUGGGUACGGCACAUAGUGUGGGAUAGGGAUGUGGUGUGGAUAGGGCACCUAGUGUGGGGUGGGAUAGGGAUGUGGUGUGGAUAGUGCACAUAGGGUAGGAUAGGGAUGGGGUGUGGGUAGGGACACAAAGUGUCUGGUGGGUAUGGCACAAAGUGUGAGGUGGGAUAGGGAUGUAGUGUGGGUAGGGCACAUUGUUUGGGAUAGGGAUGUGGUGUGGGUAGGGCACAUAGUGUGGGGUGGGAUAGGGAUGUGUUUUGGGUACAUUACAUAGUGUGGGGUGGGAUAGGGAUGUGGUAUGGGUAGGGCACAUAGGGUGGAAUAGGGAUGUGGUGUGGGUAGGGCACAUAGUUUAGGAUAGGGAUGGGGUUUGGGUAGGGCACAUAGUGUGUGGUGGGAUAGGGGUGUAAUAGGGAUGUGGUAUGGGUAGGGCAGGAUAGGGAUAUAGUGUGGGCUGGGAUAGGGAUGUAGUUUGGGUAGGGCAGGAUAGGGAUGUAACUGGUGGCAAAGUAAGGGCGGAGGUGGUGACUGGUUAGGGAGGGAGAGGGUGACGAUGAAGUAGGCAGUGGGUGACUUUUGGCAGAGUGAGGGGGUGACAGUGGAGGAGGGAGGGGGUGACUGGUGACCGAGUGAGGGAGGGGUGUUAGAAAUACCUAUUUUUUUAUAAUUUUUUUUACUGGUGGUCCUAUGGACUCUCCUGCUCCUUGGUGGUCCUGUGGGGUCUUUCUCCUCCUGGUGGUCCGUGGGCUGUCUCUCCAGUCUGCAGCUCCGCCAGGUGUGCGCUGUAGACUGUGCAUUGUCUCCAGAAGUCAGAGCUUUGCCGUGGAAACCUGCAGCAACACUCUGAUUGGCCAGAGAUUGAGAGAUACUGCACAAUCUGCAGUUCACACCCGGCAGAGCUGCAGACUGGAGGCACUGGCUCUCUCACUCACAGGGCAGACUGGAGGGGCCCCGCGCCCAGCAAACCACGGGCCCCCUCCUGAUAUCGGGUUUUGAGGGACUUCUUAAAGGAUUGAAGACUAGGUAGAGUCAGAUAGGGGUAAGCAGGCUGUUCCAAAGGAAAGGAGCCGCCCGUGAGAAGUCUUGCAGGCGUGAAUUUGCAGUAAGGGUGCGAGCAGCAGACAGGAGAAGGUCACCAGUAGAGCAGAAAGACCGAGAGGGGACAUACCUAUGAAUCAGUGAAAAAAUGUAAGAGGGGCUAGAGUUGGUUAGAGCUUUAUAGGUAUGGGUUAGUAUUUUAAAUUGACCACUGUAGGGUACAGGAAGCCAGUGUAAAGAUCGACAGAGGGGUGAGGUGUGAGAAGAGCGACAAGAGAGAAAGAUCUGCCUGGCAGCAGCAUUCAUCACAGAUUGUAGGGGGGCAGUAAGGUUUCUGGGGAGACCGAUUAGGAGAGAAUAAAAGUAAUCCAUGCGAAAGAUUACUUGAGCAUGAACAAGCUCCUUGGCAGCAUCUUGCGUAAGAAAGGGGUGUAUGCAGGCAAUGUUUUUAAGCUGGAAUCGACUGGUUUUAGCAACAGACUUGACAUGAGGCGCAAAGGUGAGGCCUGGAUCAAAAAUUACACCAGCUUUAAAGAAUGGGGUGAGGCAGGUACUGUCAACCUGCAGGGAGAGUAAAGUAGGAGGAUCGGUGUUAUGAAGAGGAAAAAUAAGAAACUCAGAGAGAUUGAGUUUCAGAAAGCAGGAAGACUUCCAAUCCGAGAGAGAAGAGAGGCAGUUGGUGACACGUUGUAGGACAGCAGGGAAGGAGAGGUAUUUCUGGGUGUCGUCAGUGUACAGGUGGUAGUGGAAUCCAAAUUAAUUAAUUAGUAUGCCCAGAGAGGCAGUAUAGAGAGAGAACAAAAAAACAAGAACUGUACCUUGAGGGACUCCUACUGAGACAGGACGAGGAGAAGAGGUGUCGUUGUGUCGUUCCAAAAAGAGAAGAAGAGUUGGGAGAGAGAGGACGAAAACCAUGAGAGGGCUGUGUCACAGAGACCAAGAGAUUGAAGAGUUAGGAGAAGGAGGCCAUGAUCAACAGUGUCAAAGGCAGCAGAGAGGUCAAGAAGAAUUAGUAUGGAGUAGUGGUCUUUAGAGUUACAAAUGAUUUGAUUGCAGCUAAAUCCAGUCAGAGCAAUCUCUGUGGAGUGGAGGGGCAGAUUCAGACUAAAGAGGGUCAAAGAGGGAGUUGCAAUUGAGGAAGCAAGUCAGACGGGUAAAGACAAGUCUUUCCAAAAGCUUUGAGGAGAAAGGGAGCAGGGAUAUGGGACGAUAGUUGGGAGGGGAGGUAGGGUCAAGAGAUGGCUUUUGAGGAAAGGUACAACAGAAGCAUGUUUAAGGGGAGCUGGGACAACACCAGAAGAAAGAGAGCAGUUAAAGAUGUGCAUUAACGACUGCACCAGACAAAGGGCUAGAGAUCUGUUCAGUAGCUGGAGAGAAUUCUUGGAGGGUAGGGAUGGUAUGGUCCAAGUGAGGUUGAGAUGGAGAAGGGGAGAGAAUUCAUUCCUUAACUGUUUAAUCUCGUCAGUAAAGUAACAUGCAAAGCUAUCAGCUGAAAGAUCAGUUUGUGGGGUGGCCAAAGCAGGGCGAAGAAGAGUUAAAAGUAUUAAAGAGAUGACUAGGAUUGCGGGUGCAUGAACUAAUGAGAGAUGAAAAGCAGGACUGUUUUGCAAGGGUGAGGCCUGUGUUGCGUGAAUGCAAAACAAAUUUAUAGUGUAGAAAGUCGGACAAGGUGCGAGACUUGCUCCAGCAGCGUUCAGCUGAACGGGGGUAUCUCUGCAGGUAGCAUGUUUACUUAGUGUGACACGGUUGGAGGCGCGCCCUCCUUGAGGUUUGUGCUUGUAGCAGGGCUGCAACGUCUAGGGCAGAGGUGAGGGUAGCUUUAGAAGAGGAAAUAGCUGAAGAGGGUAGGGAUGGAUGAGAGUUCAGAAUGGAUAUCAGUCGAGAGCUGCUGGAGAUGAAGAGAAUUCAAAUUCCUCCUGUGUUGAGAGGGAUUAGGUUGAGGAUAUUGGGUGUGGGGGCACUCAAGAACAAAUUAUAGGAGGUGGUGGUCUGACAGAGGAAAUGGAGUAUUACAGAGAUUGGAGACAGAGAAAUGGGAUCUAGGGUAUUUCCAGCUACAUAUGUGGGAGAAUUAGCCUAUUGUGAUAGGCCCAAAGGAGGAGGUAAUUGAAAUAAGUUUUGAGGCUACCGAGGACAGUGUGUAUAGGAAUAUUGAAAUCCCCUGAAAACUAGGAAUGGAAUAUUGCUUGAAAGGAAGUAAGAUAGCCAGGCAUAAAAAUGGUCAAGGAAGAGAGGAGGAGUACCAGGGGGCCGAUAAAUAAUUGCAAUGUUUGCAGAUAUGGGUUUGAAUAAGAAAAUUGAAUAAAUUUCAAAGGAGGAGAAAGCGAGGGAAGGGGGUGGGGUAGAGGUUUUAAGGAGAAGUGGGGUGAAAGCAGAAACCCUACACCACCACCUUUACUAUCAGACUGUCUUGGGUUGUGUGUAAACUGUAGACCAUCAUUGGAUAAUGAGGCAAGGGUAGCUGUGUCAGAAGGAGAGAGCCAAGUUUCCAUUAAAGCAAGUAAGUUAAGGGAGCAUGAGAUGAAUAAGUCAUGGAUGGAAGUAAAUUUAGUUAUGUUGCACACAGAGCGUGCAUUCCUGAGGGCUUAAAGGGAGAGUUACAUGGGAUGGAUAUAAGAUUGGAGCGGUUUCUAGGGUGGACACAAGGUAGGUAGGUAGAGGCAGGAACCAGGGUUUGGAGAGACAUCGCCAACUGCCAGGAGCAGAAGCAUAGAAAGUAAGAGAAGGUAGGAGUGAGAUUUAAAUGUUUUGGUCGAAUGUUUUUAUUUUGAGGAUUUACAAGGAGUUGGAGGAGAAUGGAUGGAUAGGUACGAGUGUAGUGUAUGGGCUGAACAGAGAGAGGAGGGAAAUAAACCAGGAGCAAUGAAGAUGGUGUCAGUAGGGACAGGUAAGCAGAAAGAGAGAUUUUGUUAAUGAGAGAAGUGAGGGUGAAACAGAAAAAUAGUAGAGAGAACAUUAAGAAGUGUUUUGUUGUAGAUGAGGAAAUUAUAAGGGCAGCUUGGACCAUAUGAGUGUGUGGUGUAGUGAAGGGGUAACUGGUCUGUGGUGUGGGAAUGGAGGUAUUACAAGUGAGGAGAAGAUGAUAGACAUGAUUGGUGUGUAUGGGAAAACAGGUGAUUUGAAUGAUCUAUAAAUGUAGUGAGUACCAUGGGGAGGGUGGGAAAAAUGUUCCAGAUAUGCUACCUCAGCAUAAGGCUGGUUCCAACUGCAACAACAGUUACCUUUUUUAUUUAUUUAUUUAUUUUUAAUCACACUUUUUUAAGUUGGGACAAAAAGAAAGAUAAACUGGGAGGGAAGAGUGUAUGUAGCCUGCAAUGUGGCUUAGGGGACAGCAGAACAUUUGUUAACAAGAUAGUUAAUAUGAGGUAUACCAUAACGACAUUUGCAUUCAAGGGUUGACAACAAGUUCACUGGAUUAGUUCUGUGUAUAACAUCCCCCAAUUUAAUUGAUAGAGCUGUAGUCAAUGGGAACAAAGCAGAAGUUAUUUUCCAAAAUUGGUUGGGUGUCCAUAAGAAAUUUAACUGAAGGGUCUCCUGGGGUGCAUUCAAGUUGAUAGCCUGGGCAAUGCGGCAGCUGAAGUACUGGAAUACGUACUCCGGGGAUUCGAGUUUCCCUUUAUCACUGAGCUUUUAUUCAGGUUUAUUAAACAGGUACGUUUUUGGAUGGGAAUAUGAAAAGCACAUUUGUUCUACAAUACAACACCUUAUAGAUUAAUAUAUUGAUACGUUUACUGCAUUUUCCUUGUAUGUUUAUCUCCAAUCACCAAUGUUAUAUAUCUCUAUCCUAGAUAAAACAAUGCAGCGCUUAACCCCUAAAUCUCAAUAUGCUUCAGAACAGAGGAAGCCAAAAAGAGAAACUUCUGUAAGUUUGGUUUGUGUGUUUGUUUUUUAUUUCUGUUGUGAGGAGCAGAUAACAUAAAUUCACCGUUUUGUUGAGUUCAUUGGAUAACAUGCAUGUAUUUACAGUUGCAAGAAAAAGUAUAUGAACCCUUUGGAAUGAUAUGGAUUUCUGCAAGAAUUGGUCAUAAAAUGUGAUCUGAUCAUCAUCUAAGUCACAACAAUAGACAAUCACAGUCUGCUUAAACUAAUAACACAAAGAAUUAAAUGUUGCCAUGUUUUUAUUAAAUGUUGCCAUGUUUUUAUUGCACACACCAUGUAAACAUUCACAGUGCAGGUGGAAAAGGUAUGUGAACCCUUGGAUUUAAUAACUGGUUGAACCUCCUUUGGUAGCAAUAACUUCAACCAAACUUUUCCUGUAGUUGCAGAUCAGACGUGCACAACGGUCAGGAGUAAUUCUUGACCAUUCCUCUUUACAGAACGGUUUUCAGUUCAGCAAUAUUCUUGGGAUGUCUGGUGUGAAUCGCUUUCUUGAGGUCAUGCCACAGCAUCUCAAUCAGGUUGAGGUCAGGACUCUGACUGGGCCACUUCAGAAGGCGUAUUUUCUUCUGUUUAAGCCAUUCUGUUGAUUUACUUCUAUGCUUUGGGUCAUUAUCCUGUUGCAACACCCAUCUUCUGUUGAGCUUCAGCCGGUAGACAGAUGUCCUUAAAGGACCACUCUAGGCACCCAGACCACUUCAGCUUAAUGAAGUGGUUCCGGGUGCCAGGUCCAGCUAGGGUUAACCCAUUUUUUUAUAAACAUAGUUUCAAAGAAACUGCUAUGUUUAUAAAUGGGUUAAGCCUUCCUCCAAAGCCUCUAGCAGCUGUCUCAUUGACAGCCGCUAGAGGCGCUUGCAUGAUUCUCACUGUGAAAAUCACAGUGAGAGUACGCAAGCGUCCAAUGCUUUCCUAUGCGACUGGCUGAAUGCGCGUGCAGCUCUUGCUGCACGUGCGCAUUCAGCCAAAUGGCCGGAGAGGAGGAGGAUCGGAAGAGGAGAGCUCCCCGCCCAGCGCUGGAAAAAGGUAAGUUUUAACCCCUUUCCAGAGCGGGGCGGGAGGGGAUCCCCGAGGGUGGGGGCACCCUCAGGGCACUCUAGUGCCAGGAAAACUAGUAUGUUUUCCUGGCACUAUAGUGGUACUUUAAGUUCUCCUGCAAAAUGUCUUGAUAAACUCGGGAAUUCAUUUUUCCUUAGAUGAUAGCAAUCCGUCCAGGCCCUGACGCAGCAAAGCAGCCCCAAACCAUGAUCUCCACCCCCCCCACACUUCACAGUUGGAAUGAGGUUUUGAUGUUGGUGUGCUGUGCCUUUUUUUCGCCGCACAUAGUGUUGUGUGUUUCUUCUAAACAACUCAACUUUGGUUUCAUCUGUCCACAGAAUAUUUUGCCAGUAUUGCUGUGGAACAUCCAGGUGCUCUUGUGAAAACUGUAAACGUGCAGCAAUGUUUUGUUUGGACAGCAGUGGCUUCCUCUGUGGUAUCCUCCCAUGAAAUCCAUUCUUGUUUAGUAUUUUACUUAUCGUAGAUUCGCUAACAGGGAUGUUAGCAUUUGCCAGUGACUUUUGUAAGUCUUUAGCUGACACUCUAGGAUUCUUCUUCACUUCAUUGAGCAGUCUGCGCUGUGCUCUUGCAGUCAUCUUUACCUGACGGCCACUCCUAGGGAGAGUAGCAGCAGUGCUGAACUUUCUCCAUUUAUAGACAAUUUGUCUUACCGUGGACUGAUGAACAGCAAGGCUUUUGGAGAUACUUUUAUAACCCUUUCCAGCUUUAUGCAAGUCAACAAUUCUUAAUCGUAGGUCUUCUGAGAGCUCUUUUGUGCGAGGCAUCAUUCACAUCAGGCAAUGCUUCUUGUGAAAAGCAAACCCAGAACUGGUGUGUGUUUUUUAUAGGGCAGGGCAGCUGUAACCAACACCUCCAAUCUCAUCUCAUUGAUUGGACUCCAGUUGGCUGACAUCUCACUCCAAUUAGCUCUUGGAGAUGUCAUUAGUCUAGGGGUUCACAUACUUUUUCCACCCUCACUGUGAAUGUUUACAUGGUGUGUUCAAUAAAAACAUGGCAACAUUUCAUUCUUUGUGUGUUAUUAGUUUAAGCAGACUGUGAUUGUAUAUUGUUGUGACUUAGAUGAUGAUCAGAUCACAUUUUAUGACCAAUUUGUGCAGAAAUCCAUAUAAUUCCAAAGGGUUCACAUACUUUUUCUUGCAACUGUAUAUGGGUGAAUGAUUAUGCCUCAUAUUGGUUGCAUGAUGAAGGCCUUUGUUUUAUUUCCAUACUACCCCCUUACAGAAAGUUAAAACCGCUGGCAUAAAUUUAUAUUGCCUUUUUUUACAUAGACCACUUGCAGACAACUACACACUUGUCUAUCUUAACUGCCACAAGCUGCAUUUUUCUGCAAAGAGGAGAAAUCAUGAAUUCCUGAUUAUACAUGGCUGAUGUUGCAUGCUAUGUUUGAUUACAUUUUUGUUAUUUUAUCCUGUUACUGCGCAGUAGAGGUAGGGUUUAAAAACGUGCCUGUUCCUCAUAAAGAAUAUAACGUUGUUAGUCUAGUGAUAAAAAUUUUAGUAAAGCCAGUGUUUUUCCUAAAACUCAAUGCCAAAUCUCAGAAGCUGCUGAUCUUUGAAACUGUUAGAGGUCUAAACAGACAGACUGCUUUAAAUAGUAAUCUACCAAUUGCAAAGAUAACUUUUGUGACCAGUGCAUAAAAUAUGACACUUGUCUAAAAUGUUUUGAAUCAAAGCAAAUAUCUACGUAUACACAAACUGUACACCUAGGAAUAAGAAUGUAUGAGUGGCAACAGUGGUGGUAGGGUAUGCAAAAUACCUUUCAUGUUUUGUUUUUAUGAGAAUGUUGCCUACUUUGGUUAGGUUACACUUGUGGUGUUUUGAGCUUAUUAGUAAAGUUGAUUUCCUGCGUCUUGCAGUUCUUCGUCAUGACUUCUUUCUUUGAUUGUUCUUGCUGCUUGCAGAGUAUGCUGUGAGUUUCAAGAAACCACUUCUUCCUCAUAACCGUUAAAAUGUCUGACAUGUACAUUUCCUCUUUUGCAUUUAUUUUAUUAAACUGCAUUCUAAAAUAGAGGCCACUAGGAUAGAAUACACCACUAAGCAAUAUUAUCAUCUUACUUUAAAAUCACCUUGGUGCAUUUGAGCAAAUACUCCAUGAUUAGUGUUUUACAUUGUCACAACUGACACAUAAUCAUUAUUGCUAAUUUGCAAUUGAAAGGUGUAUAUCCAGUGACUGUCUACAAACCUACAUAUCUAGUGAAGUUGACUUCUGACUGCUGGUCCCCACCAAAACAGCUGGAAAUACUACUUGAAAAGCAAGCAAGGCAGUCUAUGAUUUAGAUUUCCAGCAGGGCCACAGUUCUUCUUUGCUUUCAAACAAUAUAAACAAAACAGGAGCUCACAUUGCGAAGCUAAAACAUACCCGUGUUUUGUGUAUGGGCAGAUAUAAUCAUAGGUACAUAAGGCACCGUACACAUCUAUUUAGUAGGCAAAUGUAUCUAUGUUUAUGUGUAACCACGCACAAACACAUUACGUGGAUGCUUAUCUUUGUAUGUUUGACUCCUUCUUGCAUACUUAAAUGUCAUGAAUAUAGUCUUGUUUUUUUAAUGGAAGGCUUGAAUGCAGUUACUUUAUUUAAAAGAUUACUCCAGGCACUUCAGAAAUUUAAAGUGAUCAGGGUGCCUGUAGUCUCUUUGAGACCCUACACACCCUGCACUGCAGAUACCAGAUGUAGUAAAUCUGCAUUCAAAGAGGAGGAGGAGCACGGCAAGACCCAGGUCAAAACGGUUUGCCAUAUUACUGGGGAAUGGGGCAUUGAUACUUCUACCAUCGUAAACCCUUCACCAGAUGGAGUGGUUAUGAUGAAAGGAAUACUCCUUUUAGGAGUUGGGUAUACAUCAUUAAUAUUUCAAUACAGUCUUUGCUUCCAGAGUCGCAAGCAGCAACAGUCUUCUUUACACAGAAACUUUUCCUGUAUUUAGGCAACCUUGAUAUCUAUGCUGAUAAGCAUUUCCAAGAUCUGUUUUUUUCUUUAAGAAAUUGCAGUGCCAAACCAUUAAGACCCCUGGAAUAAUAAAGAGUAAUGAGUGAAGGAAGGGCAUAUGAAAAGAUUCAUGGUAGGUGGGAGAAAAGGGUACAGAGUCACAAAGGCAUAUAUAAAUUUGGAUCUACCUUGGAAUACACCAAGAAAUCUGUCUACUGCUACAACAACCUAAACUAUUAAGAGUAAAUGUCAGCGGCAUGGUUUAGGCAGCAAGGAGAACCAUUUUGUUUUUUCUAGCUUUGUUCCGGCGAAUCGGAGUACAUAGCAGUAGAUUCUAUACUUUUCCCUCUGCAACAUCAACACUUUCCUCUGUUAUAUUUUCCGGAAGCUAAUGGGAAGAAACCAAGGAGCUUAAAUCCCUCUUGGGUGAAGGAUCACGUAAUGUCUGCGACCUGUUGCUGUAAGUGCCUUGGUAAAAUAUGGCGGCACACCAGGAACCCCAUUUUUUGACUCCUUGGAGGCUGCAUAAACUCACCUCCAUGGCAAACUCAGCUUUAUCCUGCAGUUGCUGGGUCUGACUCGAACGCCUGGUACUACUCCGGAGGCCGCACGAAUAUGGAACAUUUCUUCAAUGGUUCCCAGUGUCCCCGCAGAGACCUAGAUAUGGGAUUAGAUGGUUUUUGAUAUCUGUUGUGAUACAGUGCAUGGAGUGGUCUGUGAAGGAGUCUAGAUUUCUAGAGAGGCAUAUGACAUUUAACCCUAGGGGGAGUAUGUGUUGUAUUCAACCUAAAUUAAUGUUUAGACGUAGGCCCCUGCAUUCAGAGAUUAGGGCAGGCCAGUGCUCCACUCCUCAGUUUACAGAAAAGUGGGAGAAAUAAUACCCAGGCCAGAAAUUAGGACUGUCUCCAACCCAUUGAUCAGCUGAAAGCAAUCAGCUGCAGUAAAGGGAAUAAAUGCCUCCCUGGUAGACAGGUAAAUACUUUUGUUUCUCCCUUGAGGGCUGGAAGCAGCAGGCUGGCUUGUGACUGAGCACUGGAGCACAGAAUAAGGUGACUGAGUACUGGAAUGCAGAAUAGUGACCGCUAACAUGGUUGCUGAAACCUGUGUUUGAAGAUAGGGACCUGAAUGUUGUUAAGAGCUCAGACGAGCUAGGAUUUUGUUUGUAGGGAUUUCUGUUAUAUUAUUCCUGAAGUGAAUUUCAAAAUUAAGUGCCUGAAUUUAUGUUAAUUCAAAAGAAGGUCCCUAUAUUUACCCUAGAGCACCGUGCUAUUUGCAAAUACAGGAUCACCCUAUAUAUUUUUAUAUAUGUAUAUAUAAAAUUUUGCGAUCCCUAUGUUUGACAGCGUAACUUUACAAAACACCAUAAAACUUGUACAUGAGGGGCACUGUUGUACUCUUGUACCUUCACUGAACACAAAUAUGAGUGACAAUGAUAUCAUCAGUUAAAGUGCAGUUUUUGUGUGAAAAAUGCAACAACAAAAAAUAUUAACACUAAAUUUGCCCAGGGUUUCUGACUUCUAAAAAAGACUGGACAUGUAUAUGUGGAAUAUUAUAUUUAAGCUCAAAUUCUAGGUUUUUAUUUUGUUCUGAAUUCAAGCUAUAUGUUUUUUAAACCGUAAUUUACCUCCUUCAUAUUAAGUGUCCCCACACUUAUUAUAUAUUUUUUUGUUUAGAAUGGAAUCAUAGUAAUUAUAUAUCAUUUAAAAUGAAUGGAAUAUAAAAAUAAACUGUGAGAAAUUAAGAAAUGUUAUUUUCCAAGUUCUGCCUGGCAUUUUAACUUUGAAUGUCAUAUUUCUUUUACUGCAAUAUAACACACACAUUUGUAAGCUGUGAUGUUCCACGAGUACAACAAUGCCCUCUCCCCCCACUACCAUGUACAUGUUUUAUGUUGUUUUGCAAAGUUACAGGGUAAAAUACAGAGCUUGCCCAUUUUAGUUUAUAUACAUUGAAAUUUGCCAGUUUGGUUUGCUGGACAUAUGUUGCCUUUUUCAAAAGUAGGUAACCCAGGGUAUUCCAAAUGGCGAAAUUAAACUAUUUGGUCUCAUUUAGUGGUUAUAUUUUAUCUUGUGUUUUUUCAUACACAUGCAUUCCAUUUUGACAGGGAAUUUUGUAAUUCUGAUAUGUUAGUGCAAUAAAGCUUCAGUAUUUUUUGUCAAUCUUUAUAUUGAAAUUUUUGUUUUUAUAAUAUCAAUACAAGUUAGGUUACAGAAAUAAAGUAAAAGAUUUGUCACAUACGAUCAUGAACAUGUUUGUGCAUUUUAUGUAUUCAUCACAUGUACAACAACCCAACAUUGAUACGUUAACAGGAGGUUGUGAAGUGCUUAAGGAAAGUGGCUGGGAAGAGCAUGAGGUUUUUAAUGUAACCCGAUUGGGGUGAUCUAAUGUGGCUGUCUUCUAAUUGUGCCCCUGGACAAGGGGGUAGAUGGUGUCAGUGGUGCGGUAUAACACUUCAUACUGUAAGGGCAAAGCGCUGUGCUUCUGGGUGCCAGGGCAUGUAAUUACAGGCAAAUAGACUCUGUAAGGUAGAGAAACAAAUAAACUGGUUGUAAAUCAAAAAUUAUCUAAACAAAACCAAAAAGUUAGAUCCGCAGAUAUAUAAUAGGACCCUCAGUAUAGUCUGGUUUCUGGUUGCGGAAUCAGGCGGUCUGAAGAAGUUGGUGGAACUGUUUGCCCGGGUAAAUAGUCGCAUGUGCUAGAUCGUUGGUCGGUAGCAUGUUUGGGAGUAGAUAAACCUAGAGUCUUAAAGAAGGCAGGUGAUUCGGCAAGUGUAGAUAUUUUGUGUUCAAUCCCAUUGUGUGUAACCACCAGGAACCUGGGAGAUCUCCAGUGGUAUUCCACUUCCGCUGCUCUCAAGUGGCUGAUAACGGGGUUCAGGGAUCUUCGCCAAUGUAGCAUGGUGAGGUCCUGGUAGAUAGAGACUUGAUCCCUCGGAGGUUAGUGGUGUCUUGCCUCGGAGUGCUGACAUCAGGAGUCUUUUAUCCUGUGCGGUAGAACACUCAAUCACAUCUCGUACCAUAGUAGAGGCUGCUCUGCUUGAUGAUGGUAAACGGUAGAUCCCAUCUAGGGUGAAUUUCUUAGCGUGAUUCGUUGGCAGUAUUGAGGCUACGAGACGCCUAAUAUAGCGAGGGAGCUAGUCAGCUAUCCCUCUAAACUUUAGGUGAUUGCGUUGUGACCUGUCUUCCAGCGCUAUGUAGUGAAGUGAGAGAGCUUGUUGUUGGGCUCCCUGCUUGAUGUCUGAUAUGUCUUCUUCUGAGGCCUUCACCCUGUCAGUGAUUGCUUGCAUGUCUGCCUUAAUAACUGCCAUGUCAGCUGCCAGUAGGCUCUUUAUCUCCGUGACCAGAUUGCGAAACUCCCGCUGUGUAACAGGGGCUGACCCAUCUGAGUCCCCCGUGUUGAUUUGUACCUGUUUUGAGCCAUUAUGCAUGGGGUCUGCUGGUACUUUUUGUGGGUUCAUGUUCAGCCUUUCUCAACAUUUUAGGAGGUGGUUGUCACUGCAGCAGUGCCCCUAUGUCUCUGAACCCCACUGACGAUUCCAGAGGUGGCCUUUGGGACAGUGGGCCCAUCGAUGCUAAAGCAGGCAAGUAAGCGACAGGGUAGACUUCUGCCUCGGAUCCCCCAAAAGCUCAAAACCGCUCAGCAGCUCAGCAGUGCCGACCAAUCUAGGCUUGGAGUGGGUCUGUAGGCCACAGACCUCUGAUUCUGCCGUUUUAUCUUAGCAUAGUGUACAAACAGCAGAAGUUACUGCUGUGGUGCGUCCAUUGUGUAACGUUGGCCAAGAUUGGGGUGGAUGAGAGGUGUAAACCAAGAUUUUAAUCAGCGUUUUGUAUAGAGCGAUGCAGAAUGGAGUUUCCUCCGGGUCGUGGUUAAGUUCUGCCCCCAAAGCUUCAGUAUUUUUAUGUAACUUUGUGUCACAAAUAUAAUAGUUUCCCUCAUGUUCUGUUUUUUUUUUUUCAUGUUUUGUAUUUUUUUGUUGUUGUUUGGCAUGACAUACCAAUUUAACACAUUUUUGAAGUGUUGUAUUUUGAGUAGUUUGUUUAACAUGCCAAUAAGUAGAUACAGGCAGCUGACAAGAUAAUGACUAGCCAAGGUCAGAAAUCCAAAAUACCGGUAAUCAAACAAAUUAACAAAGCCACAUGCAGAGUGAUUCAAUAGCUCAGCUCUGUAUGGUGGACUCUGAACCAAUCUGUUAUGCCGAGGGUAGGAAGAGCAGCAAAAACUAGUCUUUAAAAACUCUUUUCUUGUAGCAAAUACAACACUUUCUCUUUCCAUUACUUUUUACAGGGUGUGGGGAGGACUCAGGAAGUGCUUGUCACAAAGUCUCUGUACAUCCAAUGAUUUAAAAGAGGAAGAUUGGGGGUAAAUAAAAUACCGGACAAAAGUUUUAAUGUAAAAUUUAGAAAUGGGUAUGGCUUUUAUAUAGAACUCGGGAAGUAAAAUUGCAACCUGGCUUAAGUAGUUUGCAUUUUUGUGUACCAGUACCUAGUUUUUCAGCUUACCAGAUAAGGAUGAUACAUUGAUCAGCCAAAUCUACUCCCCCCAUAUACUUGCUGCCAGAGAAAAGGCAGUGUUUACAUUGCCCCCCAGUGGCCACUCCUCAAAUGAGGAAAGCUCGGCUCCUGCAUGGAGAUGCUGAACUUUCCUCAUAAAGAUGCAUUGACUCAAUGCAUCUCUAUGUGGAGGUGCUGAUUGGCCAAGCUGGCGUUUAGUCCCACCUCCUUGCCAAUUUCAGACAAUCCAAUGCUUUCCCUGAGAGAUAGCAUUGGAGUGGCUGAAAUUAUUAUAAAUUCUAAUGUCAGCAAGAAGGUAGGGCCAGCACCGGCAGACCCGUGCGGCACUGGAAAUAAGGCAAGUUUUAAACCUUUUAGGGGGGCUAAGGGAAGGAAAGCCACCUAAAUGAUGGUUUUAACACUAAAGGGUCAGGAAUACAUGUUUGUGUUCCUGACCCUAUGGUACUCCUUUAAAUGCCCAGGUGUAGAAUUUGCAUAAUUUCUUUUUAAUUGGGAAGGAUUUUCCCAAUACAUAUGUUCUGGUCUGUGAUAUAAUUUUGGGAAACUUUGUCAGACUAUAGUUGGAAUUUUGUAGAGUCUGUGUAAAAUGAGGGUCAAUUUCUAGAAGGGGACAGUACUUUUUUGUUAAAAUUGAGGAAUCUCCGCAUUUGCUCGUAGAGAUCCUGGGAAAAGAGGGGUUGCCAUGAUGGGGUGCUUUUAACUGUAGGACUUGAUACUUGGCUUUUUAAAAAUCCCCAUUACCAGGGUUAGUGACCAAAAGUUUCUCAUUUCUGAGACAUCAGUGGGGUACGACAUGUUUUUCCUACUGUAGUGUGAUCCCGAUUCUCAGGCAGAUACUCGCUGGCAUACAGGUUUAUUUGCAGAGCCAUCAGCUCAAAUAUGUGGUCUAACAAAAUGCCUAAAAUAGUUCUCUACAGUUGUUGCAAUGCCAAGUGUAUCCAUGAAUUGAGCAAUUUCCGGUACUCUAUUUUUAUCUUAAGGACUCAAUCUCAGAGGCCGUCUUGAGUGUCACUGUCUGAAUCUGCCAAAAUGGCGUAAGCCUCCUCCACCGUAUAAUAGCUUGCCAGGGAAUUAGGGAAUUAACAUGAAAAAAUGUCAGCUUGAUCAGAGUGCCCUCUGAUCACUGAUACACCACCGCCUCAGAUCAAAAUGAGGAAUGAGAAGCAGAGAACAAUGUCUCAGCCAAUGUUACAACUCAUUGGCUGAGACAGGCUGUCACCAUGAUCACGUGACUUACCAAGGGACAUUGGCUACAGGGUGACUGCCUUGGUUGUCCAGUAGACAGUUAUCUGCCUGCUGGGCAAGUAGGAGGGCUGGAGGGAAGGCCAGAUCAUUAAGGUGUGCUAUGCCACCCUAAAGUCUUUAAAGCCCUUCUUUUAGAGGACAGCAUACCACACCCUAUGUUCCGGAAGGUGUUGAGCAAUAGUCACGUCUUAGUAAGCCACCAAGCCAUUGCCAUUUUUCUGCUAAGAGCCAUUUGGAUAUUUAUAACUUAAUUCGCGGGCCAUACAAAAUUAUCAACUUAAAAAUUAGUCUUCUAUAUUUGGUCAAACAUGAAAUUAACUCACCCGUAAUGUAAUGACUGGAACUGCUUUUAUUUGUGAUAAUAGCUUGUACUGAUAAUGUUUGCUACUUGUAGCUGCUUUUUCAGGUUUGCAUCAGUCAGUCUGGUGCACAGUCGACUCUUUGCGAUGCUCACUUCAGACAAGCUCAAUGACACACAUGCUCACUACAGACAAGCUCACUGACACACACGGUCCCAACAGACAAGCCGAAACUAUUGCAUUUUUUAAUUAACCUUUUUUUUAUUCACACUGAUCCCUCCACACACACUGACCCAUACACCAAUGGACACCAACACAGACACACACAAAGUGACCCAUACACUAAAACACACUGACACAAACACACAUACAAUGACCGACACACACAAAUUACAGAUCCUCCCUCUGCACAGUCUAAUUACAGAAGCUGCCCAAUGGCUCUCUAGGCUUUCAUUGGGUCUGCAGCUGGGGUGAGGACUUUCAAGUCUCUCUCCUGCAUGCAAUGAUUGUCGGCCGCCGGGAUAUGAUGUCACACAAUAUCCCGUCGGCAUGAACGUCUACUAAUUGCGUGGAGCAUCUUUGUGAUGCCGCUCCUCACAGCUUCCGAGCAAUUUGCAAAGUAAAGAAAUGCCUGCUGACCUCAGCUUUAUCGGCCCACUGGGAAAUUUUCCGGUCUGCCAGUGGGACACUCUGGCCGGAUGUUCCCGACCCCUGCACCAAUCAAAAACCAGCAAUGUGUUUUGGCUAUUUUUGCUUUUUUUUUUUAAUUAUUAUUAUUUUUAUUUUUUUUUAACCUUGCAUUUCUAGAGUGUUAUCCUGGGUUCCUUUAGCAGUUUUUCAGAAUGGAACAAUACUCUCAAACCUGUGAAUAAGUACCAAAUUUAACAUCAUUCUUCCUACAAUUUACAAAACAAAUCAUAUGCAGCUUUUAUAGUCGUUCAAGGGUCCGACACCAGUAAAUAACAGUACUCUCUGUAUUAGAGUUUGUGUUCUAUAUAGCCAUAUUAGUAGCUUCAAAAUAGAAUUUCAAAAUGCUCUUCUACAGAACCUUACAUUUUUCCCCAGUGUUCAAUAAAAAUAGCCUUGUGUCUUGUACCGUAUGGAUGAAGUUGUAUUCUAGAUGGAAAGACUUACAUAGCCAAAGGGCCUAGAAUUCAACGGAGUGAACUGUAGCAUGAUUCAAAACAGUUCUUUGUAAUGUUGGGCAAUUACAAUUUUAUUUUUUUUAACAGGCAAACGUUGUCCAAGAAGACACUGUAGAAAUAAUGGAGUUCCAAACCUUGAUGUUCACUUAUUUAACUAUGAAGGUAAGACAACAUUUAAGAAAGAAUUAUGCUUUCAUGAAUAAUGAACUAUUUUCUAAAUAUUUAUGGGGGGGGGGAAUUGAAUGGUCGAAGUCCACCAAAGAGUCGAAAAAACAAUGCACUACUUCAUGCUAAAAUCCAUAAUAAAAGGUUACUCAAUAAAAUACUGGAAUUAUAGCUUUGCAAUUAUUAUGUUAUUUAUAUAGCGCCAUCAAAUUCCGCAGCGCUUUACAAUGUGUAUGAGAUGUAGUUGUAACCAGACAAGUUGGACACACAGGAACAAAGGGGUUGAGGGCCCUUCUCAAUGAGCUUACAUGCUAGAGGGAGUGGGGUAAAAUGACACAAAAAGGUAAGGAUAGUAUUAGACUAGUAACAGUUGCAGAAGAGGAAUCAGUUGGGAGCUAUUAACAGUUCAAUUGAUAUGCUUUUAUGAAGAAGUGGGUUUUUAAUGAUUUUUUUGAAGGAGUGGAGACUGGGUGAGCAUCUAACGGAGGAGGGAAGUGAGUUCCACAGGAACGGUGCAGCCCUCGAGAAAUCUUGAAGGCAAGCAUCAGAGGUGGGAGUACGGACAGAAGAUAGACGUAAGUCUUCAGCAGAUCGUAAGGGCCUAGACAGGACAUACUUGUGUAUAAGGGAGGAUAGAUAUUAUUUUAGUUAUGACACAGAGGCAAGAAUUCUGCUUCUCAGUUUCUUUCCUCCCAAAUAGCAGCAAAAAAAAAAACUUAACAUAACCUGAAAGGGAAUACAUUAAUACAAGCAAAUACAGAUACUAAUGGCAUUACACUAUUCCACGAAGUUAGUACAUGUACUUAAAGGAGGCAUGAACAUUCCGUAAUCCUCUCUUUGAUGCCAGAACCAUUUGUAAUUCCAAAUUUUCCUUAAAACCAAAGUUUGCAAAUCAAAAUGCAGCAAGAAAAAAUGCUUAUCAACAGGAAUAGAACAAAGAUAUUCCAUUAAAGAAAAUGAAUACAAAAGGAAUAUAUAAUGAGUAAAAACUUUAAAGGGACAGUUUAGGCAACAUAACAUCUUUAUCUAAAUGACGUUAUGGUACCUUAUGGUACUAGGGCUGAGGGCGGUCAGCUGACGCUCUCAGCCUGUCAGUGAUUCCCCAUUCACAAAACUGGUUUGCAAAGCCUUGCAAAGUCCAAAUUGCUCUGCCUAUCAACAUCCUUUCUAAUGUUCUCAGCCUAGUUCCCCAUUCACAAAACGGAGUGAAAAAGAUACAUGCCUUUUUUAAUGAACUUCAAUUGUGACCUUCCAGCUUCCUAGUCACUAUUACGCAUUUGCACACGUUGGCAAGGAAAUCAGAGAAAAAAAAUAUUCAAGUCAACUGUUAAAAUUGCACCGAAAAAGCUAUUUUUCUUCUGGUGAAAUCAUGUGUCAAGUAAUAUGCCUUAUAUCUUAUAUCUGAUUUUAGAUGCAAAAAAACCUCAGUCGUCUUGAAGAGAAAGCAGAAAGAAACCUAUUGCUAGUGAAUGAAGAGAAGGAUCACUUGCAAGAGAAGGUGCAUAAGCUGAAACGUGAAAACUUGCUGUUCAAGAGAGAAGAGGAACUUCAUGAUCUGUUGGAUAAGCAGGUAAGCAUCAUCCAAAAGCGCAAGAGGAAAAAAAGCAGGUUGUGCCAGAUACCACACAAAAAUAAAAGUCCGUUAUGUAUAGUCCACGGUAUCCAAAGUUCCACUAAAAUAGGGCUAGAUUCACAAAUGCAUAUGGAAAAACUAAAAUGGAGACAAGUUGUAAUGUGCAAAAAUAAAAUAACAAUUGCACUGAUGAAUAUUCACUCACAUAGAGCUUAUUACCAACCAUAUUGUUUUUAUUGUGAAAUAAAAUAUAUCCCAUAACAGGUGGGCAUCUUGCACUUGCUAGAAGUGCCACCAGCAGAUAAUGCACAAGUCCUCUAAGACAGGGAAAAACAACAAAAGAUAGUGUAAUACUGUAACCUAUUCAAAAUUAUAUGCAAAUAAUGAGAAAUACACACAAUAAAGGAGCUUGUAAACCAAGCUCAGCGUAUCCAGCAUCAGGUGGUAUAAUCCCCACCAAUAUGUGGAUGUUAAGCUUCUUGAUUCUGGUAAUACAUGCAGUUUAAAAGAAAGCAACAUAGUGUACUCCAUAUAGUCUGUAAAUAUUAAAAAAUUUAUACUCCUUUUUCUGAGUAGUAUAACCUACUCUACAUGAUCAGCAUUAGUAGUAUGUUCCCCACCGAGGAUUUGAAAAAAACAACAAUGUUUUAGUAAGCCAAAAAUACUUUUAGACAAGUGCAUAAAAACAAAUUAAAAAAAAAAACCUGUAAAAUACACAAAGCGUUUCACUGACAAUGGCUUUAUCAUCAUCAUCCAAAAGUGCACAGUGACUAAAAUUAUUUUGGACUGUAUGCUAUUACAUUUUUAUUAUCUAUUUAUUAUUUGUGCGGGAUACAGAUUUUUUUUCUUUUUUUCUUCCUAUGAGUGCUAUUGCAUUUAAACAUCUUGAUUUUGCUGCUUUAUGCAAAGAGGAAACUCAGAGCUUCUCUCCUCUCAUUGUGAGGUGAAUCUCUGGUGUAGAUGGAUGGAUGGAAUUUUACAGAACUCUGUACAGAGUCUGAGUGCAGAAGUGUUCACAGUUCCAGCUUGAACAAAGUCUUAUUUUAACUUUUUAUAUCCAAAUAGGAAGAGCAGCACAGUGUAAUAAUUAGCAUUGUGCACAUAUAGGAAUAAUUACUUUGAACUGGAACUCUCACUCGUGAGAUUUGGGUACAAACAAAUAACAAUUUGAAGUCUGCUGUGGUUUGUGCUAUUUAUUUAAAAAUCUCUAGUUUUGAUUUUGUAUUUGUACAGCAUGCUGGGUUACAGCGAUAAAGUUGAAGUGCAAAUGCAUAUACUACAUCCCUGUAGAAAAUGACCUGGCAUUUGCAUUUGUACUCGCAAAUAUAAAGAAACCUUGCUGUAAAAUAACAUCAAGAUAUGAUAUGCUUGUUUUUGUGGUGUAUUUUAUCAAGCCAUUUGUGUACUUGGUGCAAAAUUAAAGUAUAGAGAGGGUUACUUACUAAACAUUUUGAAUUUCAUAAAUUAAAACAAACCAAAAAUGGCAGAUAUAUCUCCCCAGGGCAGUGUGUCUUCUAAAAUUAAGGCUUCUGAACAGAAUUCUCCAAGAAGGUUAACCACUUGACAUCUGCUCCCCAGAGGGUGCAUGUACCCAAAGAUGAAAAUUUUAUAGGAAAUAAAGAACAGAAAAGGGGAACAGGUUGAGAGAAAAAACAGAAUUGGACAUCUUAAAUGUUGUGUCUGUUCAAGUGGAUUUUUAUGACAAACAAGUAGAUUGGCUACUGCAUUUGUCCCUUUGACAAGAAAGUAAAAGAUAAACUGACUGAAGUGAUUGACUGUGGGGAAGGAGUCAGGUCAGCCACUCAGCUCACACCGAUAUCACAUUAAAAAUAUUCAAAUACAAUGGCACUCAAAAUGUAAACCACAUCAUAGUGGUUAAAGUAUCACCUUCUUUAUUAAUAUCCAAUACAAAAUAAAUCUAAAUCACAGGCAGUAAAAAUAAAAUAAGCAUAAUUAGUCACCAAUGGAGGAACAUGCAGGAAAGACACAUCCCUGUGAGGCUGGACGCUCAGCUCCUGUUGUCUCUCUUGAACUGUGCAGUACUAAUUCAUCUGCUGCGAGCAUCAGCUGAUCGUUCUCAGUCAUUGAGUUAAACCUUGCACCACUAUGUAGCUGUAGAGGAGGUGGAGAGCAGCUACGGUGGACACCAGGUAAGAGGUAAGACCAUUCAGAAAUGAUGUGACUGCUUACAAUGGUAAGCACUGGGUUACUCCUGGCUCUUUAAUCACUACAGUGCAAUAUAAUGGUUAUCGUACUUGAAGUAUCCUUUAUAUUCACAUGUAUUAUUCUGAUAAGGUGAAUAUGAAUACCUGCUGAUUAGAGCUCAUAAAAUUACCUUUAGUAGAAUCAGUUUACAGGGGUGAAAUUACUUUCUGUUGAUAGGUUGAAUUCCUCUGUGCACAUCUACAUGAAUUGAGUGCAGUAGGUGCUUUCAGCAUUAGAGGGCAGUGUUGACUUAGAUUUGAGCUCUUUUCCUGUAGAUAGAGCGUUAAGAAUCCUAACUGCUUGUUUAUGUAAUUUUUCUUUGUAAAUUAUAUUUUUCUUUGUAUAUAACAUAGUGUGUUUGAGACACAUUUUCUUGUGCAAUUUAACAAAUUUGUCAUUGGCAAGUAAAUCAUUUAAUCAUGGAGUGGUGAGUAACUUCUAAAGCCUGGCCCAGGAUUUCAUAAUUUAAGCCCUAAUACAACACUUCCUUUGCCCGCCAGAUUUUCCAAUUUGGUGUGUUUUGUUCACCUAAUUCUUCUCCCCUUGUCUGGCACUUGUGCUCUGCACACACUUGUACUGGGGUUUAUUAACUAAAUGGAGAUUUAUUUAUUUUAGAAGUGACAACCGUAGUCCACAUAUUUUCAAAUCUCCAAAGCUCUCAGACAAUUCUCAAAUUGUCAUAAACUACAUAUCCCGGGCUGUUUGCAUACCCGGUGUUUCUCUGGCUGUUUCUCUUCUCAUUCUCUCCUUCAUUCCAUCUCUCUUCCUGUUUGGAUAGCAACAAUAGAAGCCAGUGCAAUAAGCAGUAUAGGCAUUUUCUUCAUUUGACAACAAUGCUUCCACAAGUUCCAUCUGCAACUACUGGUGUUGCAUACCUUCUACUUUUAUUAAAAUGUAACAUUUGAAAAUAGUGUAGUUAACAAAAGAAUAAAAAUUUAAAAGUUAUAACCAAAGUCCUAGUGGGGAAAGGCUUAGCUUAUUGAUGAAGAACGAUCAGCUAAUGCUUGCAGCAGAUGAACAAGCACUGCUUAUCUCAGGAGAGAUAAGGAAGCUUUGAAUGGGCAUGUCUUUACUACAUGUUCCUCCAUAAGUGAUUCAUUAUGUUCAUUUUAUUUUUACUGGCUGCCCCUGUUUUUUUGUUUACCAUUUUUUGUAUCCGAUGUUAAUAAAGAAGGUAAUACUUUAACCACUGUGAUGCCGUUUAUAUUUUAAGUGCAAGAGCACCAUUUGCCAUUUAUCCAUGCGUUCAUGGAUUAGAAGUUAGGAAUGCAAGUCAGAUUUUAUUUUUAUUUUUUUCUAUUACUCUUAUUAAUAUUUUACAAGAAUAGAGCUGUGAUUAAGUACAAGUAUAUUUUGUAUUGCUUAAGGUUCCACAAAGCCUACAAAAGUAAUGCAUUGAAAAAUAAUGGAACUCAGGGGAACUUAUUGCAAAUAAUAGAUCCACAGCAAACAAAGCACCUUAUUUCAAUUAAGCGGAUAAAAGUUUUUUUAAUGACUUGUCCCUUUGCAAUUGCUUUGAUGUUCGUUUCAUAUUUAACCUUAAUGGCAGAAGAAAAUUGAAAUAGUCCACUUAGCUUCCGCUAGUACACUUUUCAUUUGACUAUAUUGAGAUGAUCCCGAUUAAUGUAAUGACUACUUUAAAACAUUUUGAGGUGCAUUUAAGGUAAUGCAUUAUCAAUGGUUUUCUAAUGCAUUAUAUAUGGUUUCCAUUAGCAUUAAAAAUGCUCCCUUUUGAAAAGGGUAUUUAAACACUAAUGUAAUCAGAUUAUUUUUUUUCUUAUUCAAGUAAGAUGUUUUAUUAAAUCUUUCAUGUGUACUAAAAUAUAAUGCUAAACAGUGAUUGCAAUAUAUACAUGAUGGCAAUGCAAGUUACUGGGGAAACAAUUGUUCAUAUAAUAAGUUGUUUAUUUUAUACUUGAUAAUAAAAGUAUUUUAAAGAAAGAACAUUUAUUAUUACUUAAAAUGUAUAUACUGAAUAAAUCAGUCAUUAUACAUUAAAAAAAAAAAGUUAGAUACAAACACACCCAAUUAUGUAAAUGCUUAUGAGAUAAAUGAAAGUUAAUGUAAACAAAGCCCCAGUGGCUGAUGGUAUUCACCCAUGAGUACUUUGUUCAGUAUUAUCCCUUAAUAAUGCUUCAAAUACUUUUCCAGCCACACAAGUUAAGCUCACAGGACUAUAAUUUCCAUGCAAAAAUGUUGAACCCUUUUUGAAUAUAGAAACCACAUCUACCUUCCUCCGAUCUUCAGGUACAAUUCCUGAAAGAAAUGAAUCUUGAAAUAUUAAAUACAGAGUAUUCACAAUUUUUCUGCAUUUUUUAUUUUUUGCAGCAAUAAUUUGCUUAAUAUACUGAGGGAAAUUUAAUUAUUUAAAAUUUUGGUCUUUUAAUGGCUUCAUUAUCUAACACACCCAUCUGUUUUCCCCUUUUUUUUUUUUUAUACUUAAAAAAACAAUGUUUUGGGGUUAAUUUUGCUCUCUUUGGCUAUGAGUUUCGCAUUUACCUUGCUUGAUAAGUAUUCGUAAGGACCCUGAAGGCAUUUCUGACAGUACUGCUAACUAAAAAUUGCAACAUAAUGUAAAAAGAAUAUCUGCAUUUGAGCAUAAUGCCCACAUACAGUUAGAUCCUAUAAUCUAAAAUGAAACUGCUGUAGCAAUUUGUAUCACUCUAGAACAGCGUUUCCCAAUUGGUGUUGUGUUCCGCGGAGCCCCAGGGAACACAAAUGGGGUUCUGCCAAAAUUUCGGGAAUCAAAAUGACCGCGAACAGUGCAGGAGCACUAUCUGCUGCUCAGCUCCCUAGCUUCCACAGCAGUGAUGCUGGAGCCGGAAUAUGAAGUCACUCCAGCAUCAAGAGGCGCGCAAGGGAGUUGAGCAGGAAGAUCACUGCUCCCUCACCACCUGCACCACGCCACUGGACCCCGUGGAAAUAGAGACUCCAUACCAGCACUCCCAAAGGUGAAAUAAAAAAAAUAAAAAUUGUGUGUCUAUUAAGAAGUUUGUAUGUGUGUUUGUGUAUCUGAGUGUGUGUAUAUUGGGGGGUGUGUGUGUAUAUGUGCCAGUGUAUGUUAGUGUUUGUAUAUGACACUGUGUGUAUGUGCCAGUGUGUGUGUGUAUGUGUUACUGUGUGCAUCUGAGUGUGUGUGUGUGUGUGUAUAUAUGUAUCUGUGUGCCAGUGUGUGUGGCACACACACACACAGAUACACACACUGGCACAUACAAAGACAGAUACACACACCUUGACACACACCAGCACACAGAUAUACACUUUGUGUCAAGGUGUGUGUACCUGUGCGACAGAUACACACACCUUGAUACACACACACCCACACACCAGCACAUUUAAUAAAAUGGCGCAAAUUUAAUUUUUUUAUAUAUCCUGAUGAAAGUCUGUGAUACAGACUGAAACGUUGAUUUUUAUUUUGAGCUAAUAAAAGCUAAGUUUUAUUCAUUCAACUUGGAAGUCCCUGGAGUGCUAUCUUGUACUUUUGGCUGUAUCUAUUUGCUGAUAAGCACCGGGCAAGUACAUCAAGGAAGGUGGAGUGCAUUACUAUUUUUGUUUUAUAUAUAUAUAUAAUUUUAUACUGGGUAGGGGGGUGAGGGGGUUCCACGAUGUUUAUACACUAUGUCAAAGGGUUCCACAGGAAAAAAAAUAUUGGGAACCCAUGCUCUAGAAUGCUGAUAGUGAAAUGUCUUUUCACUCCUGUACUGGCCCUGCUUAGCUCAGAAAUAUUGGAAUCAGGGUGUGUGGCUGCAGGCAUCUGGCAGGACACAGCUGAUGAUACUGAUAAACUAAAAUGUGUAGAAGGGGGAAAAAAAGCAUAUCUUGCAGUUGGAACACUGAAGUUCAACCAGGAGCAGGAACACUGGACUAUAACAACAUAAUUUAAACAGACCCAUGCACAUAUAUUUCUGUCAUGUGUAUUGUCGUACUAGCUGACACAAUCUAAAUUCCAAGGGAAACGAUCAUUUUUAAUUCUUUAAAAUAAGAUUUUGCUUUAGUCUGUUUGUAUUAUUUCACAUUGUAUGUAUUUAAUUGACUACCCAUUUUCAUUGCAUCUUAGGUCCUUCUUUGGUAAAAAGCAUAGCUAUCCAACCAAAGAUUCUGCGGGCAUUCAUGAAUCCUCCUGACAUUAAACAAUUACACCAGCAUUUCAAAAACAUGCAACAUACACAUUAAAGCACUUGAAGUUGCAUAAUGAAAACUGUGGGCAUCAUGGUAAAGCCCAGCAUUAAUGGCAAUGUGUGCUUCUUCCAUCUAAGUAUAUCUUUUCUAUGACACCAGAGUCAUCAAGAGUGGCCUCUGGUUGUAUGGAGCUUCAGUGUUGUGACAAAAACUCAAGAGACUUUGCCUUUAACCUCAUUGCACCUCAAGCACUGCUUUAAGCUGUAGUGGCUGUGGUGCUAGUGUCCAUUGGAAAGCAUUACACUUUCAAAAUUACCAGUAGCAUCCAGAUUUGUUACAUAGUAUGCAAUUUCUGUUCAGAAUCUUCUUACACAACCUGCUCUUCUGUUCAUUUAUUUCAGACUGAAGCUUUAGCACCUUCUAUAGAAGUCAAGGAUACGUUCGAGAACAAUUACAGAACAUUUGCCACUGCACUCGAUUGCACCAGGCACCAACUACCCAUAAAGGAUAUUCAUGUUAUAGGCACACGUCAACGGUACCUAGGUAAUAUUAUGCACACUUUUUUUUUGUGUGUGUGUGUCUUCUUCCUUUUAGGUGACGGUGCCAGGUUGACCUAAUAGCUGUUGAAGAGAUUAAUAUCACUCCUUCGGAUUGACCCGUCUCUGUGCUUUCUGUCUGUGGUGGAAUAAUGAUGCAAGACUCUUGGUUGCAAUUAGUCCCCUUCACGGCAAGAUUUUUAAAUAGCUUCUUGGAUUGAAAACAAAAAGUGUACAUUAAUUUGUUGCCUUUCUUCCUCAAUGGAUCUGUUAGAAGUUUUGAAAUUCUGGGCAUAACUCUGCACAGCCUUGUCUCCCACACUGUGUACACUACACUGCAAAUUUUCCUUCAUCUUGAAGUAUUGUGUAACACUGCUCUGUCCUCCUGCACCCUAAUCUUCCUCAGGAAGGCUGUAUUUUAAAAGAAGUAGGAAGUAGAAUUUGGGAGGGCAACCACAACAUACAGCCCAGUUAAAUCCCAGUGGACCUGAUUGAUUAUUUUUACGGUUUAGGGCUUUACUAGACCUUGCUAACACUAUGAUUUAAUGGGGCAAUGCGCACUGGAAAGUUAAGUUAACAUCUACAGUUCAGUUCAUUGAAAUAUCAGGACAAAAGUGAACAUUACAGAUGUAUUUUUCAGUAGACUUGAAACAGUACAGGUAACUUUUUAAUUGACAAUCACUUUUAAUGAUAGGAGUAUUAUUUAUUUAUAAAAUAUUUUACCGGGAUGGAUACAUUGAGAUUUCUCUUGUUUUAAAGUAUGUCCUGCAUUGUUACAAUAUGAUGCAAUAUUACAAAAAUACAAUAUAUCUUUUCAUGUGACAACACUGAAGAAAUGACACGCUGCUACAAUGUAAAGUAGUAAGUGUACAGCCUGUAUAACCUCAAAAUAACUCCACACACAGCCAUUAAUGUCUAAACCAUUGGCAACAAAAGUGUGUGUGUGUGUGUGUAUAUACAUACAUACAUAUACACACACAUAUAUAUAAAUUUUAAUACACAACAGGAAAUAAAUAUAUUCAACCGUGAUAGGUGCAUUCUGUGCUGAGGUAUAUUGCCAUAGAUCUCUUAAAAGAUUUUAGAUUGAAUGAAGAUUUGACUUGAGUCCCUGAGGAUCUUCACCCAAGAAAAAAAUAAUAUAUGGCACUUUGUUUUAAAGCUGUAAUGUUUAUCACAGAUUAUUAGGACUACAAUCAGGUUGAAAACAGCAAUGUACUUUGAUUUUUCAAAAAGGCAUUCCCCUAAACCCUGCAAUGUAAAACAUUGCAGUUUCAGAGAAAAUGCAAUUUUUACACUGCAGGGUUAUGUCCACCUCUAGGUGCUGUCUUCUAGACAGCCACUAGAGGUACUUCCUGCUCCCUAACAAAGUUUCACUAAUGCAAAGCACAAGAACGUCGAACGUCUUAAAAUUCACCUUAGGAAAGCAUUGAUUCAGUGCUUAAUUCAACAGGUAAACAUAUAACCACAAUAGAAUCACCUUAAAACACCAUGUCUAUCCACAAUACCCUCCCAAUAAAAUAAACAGUUCACUUUUUGUCAAGCUUGUCAAAGACCCGGUCUGGUUGAAACAUUGCCGUGUGUUUGCACCAAUAAACUGCUGUUAUGCUAUCUACUUGAGUGCCUGGACCAUCACUUUAUUUACAAAAUACUAUUCAGAACUUGAAAAAUAAUAGAACUUUAAAAUACUUUUUUAGAUUUUAUUCAUAUUCAGUUAUGUUUCAUAUAUAAAUAUUUGAUGUGAAAUUAAAGCUUAAUGUCUCCUGAACAAAAUUGUGUAUAAUAAGCGAGGGUGUACAGAACAUUUGAUAGUGUCCUAACCUCAACAUCUGAGGAAAGGGAUUUAGGGGUAAUUAUUUCUGAUGACUUAAAGGUAGGCAGACAAUGUAAUUAGAGCAGCAGGAAAUGCUAGUAGAGGUAUUAGCAGUAGAAAGAGGGUAUUAGCAGUAGAAAGAGGGAAGUGUUCAUGUCACUGUACAGAACACUGGUGAGACCUCACUUGGAGUAUUGUACGCAGUACUGGGGACCGUAUCCCCAGAAGGAUAUUGAUACUUUAUAAAGAGUUCAGAGAAGGGCUACUAAACUGGUUAAUGGAUUGCAGGAUAAAACUUACCUGGAAAGGUUAAAGGAUCUUAACAUGUAUAGCUUGGAGGAAAGACGGGGGGGAUAUGAUAGAAACAUCUAAAUACAUAAAGGGAAUCAACACAGUAAAGGAGGAGACUACAUUUAAAAUAAUAAAAACUACCACAACAAGAGGAUAUAGUCUUAAAUUAGAGCAGCAAAUGUUUAAAAAUAAUAUCAGGAAGUAUUACUCUACUGAAGUGGUAGAGGUUAACACAGUAAAGGAGAUUAAGCAUGUGUGGGAAUGGCAUAAGGCUAUCCUAGCUAUAAGAUAAGGCCAGGGACUAAUGAAAGUUGGGCAGACUAGAUGGGCCGAAUGGUUCUUAUCUGCUGUCACAUUCUGUGUUUCUAUGUGUAGUUGGUAUGAAAGGUAAAAUAUGGUUUAACAAACCUAUAACUCAAAUUCUAUUUUUUGUUUUGGUUCAGAACUUGGACUAGUCUUAGUCCUUAAGGGGUUACGAAAAGGCCAGAUGCCAUCAGGUAACUAUAUUAAUUUUGUUUCCUAUUUUCCGUUAACAGAGGACCUACAGAAACAUUUAGAAACCACCAAAUCUCUCCUAGAGGAAACCAUAUCUACUUCAGCUGAGGAAAAAGCUGAAAUGUUUGGAACAAUUAAGGAAUUGAAAGACAUUGUGAUUAAGACUGAUGCAGAACUUACUCGGUAUGUAUUACUAGUCGUGCUACGGAGAUUUCAGGAAGUUUAUAAGGAAUGUCAUUUGACAAAGUCUUAGACUAUAUUGUUUGUGGAAAUAUUUAGUCCUUGAUAUACAUGAUUUUUGCCAAACAUGUUUUGCAUGUUUAUUUUUUAACCCCAAUAAUGUUUAGAAAUCUGACACUCUUCUUACAUUAAUUACUAAAAAAAAAUUCUUUAAGGUAAAUGAACUGUCACUUUUGUUCACUUAAGUGCAUUUGUAGAUCAUGGGACGACUCAGUUGUCCAGAAUAUGAAAGUGCAGUGGAGGUAAGUCUUUAUACAUAUCUGCUGCUUUAUUCGCCCCAAUAAACUCUGCAGUAGUUUUUACUGGGUUGAAGAAAGAGGAAACCAACACUUCUACCUUAAAAAUACAAUUACAUUUUCAUUAACUAUAAGCAACUGUAGAUAUUCAUUAUCGAUCCUUAUAGCUACAUGUCAUUUCAUUUAUUUUAUAAAAUAUUUAUCAUCUUCAUAAAAGUACAGAAAUAGCAUCUGGUCAAUAAAUUUGUGGACCUCUUCAAAGAUAUAAAGCAGAGAAUAAGUGUUUCAUUAUUUAUAUGUGUGUAUAUAUAUAUAUAUAUAUAUAUAUAUAUAUAUAUAUAUAUAUAUAUAUAUAUAUAUAUAUAUAUAUAUAUAUUCGGGAGAAUCUCCCUUUCUUAAGUCUAAAGCAUUUCUGAGCAGACAACACAUAACAUUCAAAGUUGAGUUGUAAAACGGGUUAAAGAGACAUUAGUGCAGAUAAGACACAAGUUUGAUAGAAAAUAGACACCUUUCUAACAGAGGGUCAUAAAUAUCUUGUGUGAAGAUCAAAGAGUGAGGGGGAGAGAGAGAGAGGAAAAAAACCAAGCACACAGUGCAGAAGAUGGUGCUAGAGGGGGAGAGUAAAAAGAAAACAAUUACUUAUAUUAAGCAUGCAUUAAUUUCCAUUUGAUAUGCAUGAAGGCCUAUAUCCAGCAUACACAGACACACACUCACACACAUACAUAUACACAAGUACAUACAACAAUAUACAUAUAAAUGCAACCAAAAGCCCAAAUAUAUGUACAUAUACACAUACAUACACACACAAGCACCAAUACAUGUACCUACACAUAUACAAAUGUGCCUACACAUACAUAGACCCAUAUAUAUAUGAUACAAUACACAAGAUCCAGUGCACUUACUUAUCCACUAAACAGCAACUUCAGUGUUGACAGAUUGUAUUCGUUUUUUGUUUGUUUGUUUUUUAACACCUAAUCUAGGCAAAAAUAAUGGGUUUUUAGGUUGGUAGGGGGGAUUCCAUCUUGGGCUCUCUCUAGUUUUUUUUUUUUUUUUUUAAAUCACCUAAUCUAGGCACAGAUAAUGGGGGUUUAGUUACAUUAUAUGAUAAUACAUUGCAUAUGCCUGCCACAACGUCCAUGUACCCCAUCUUUGGCAGGUUCUACUCUAACAGCCUAAUGUCUGGUGAUAUAUAUAUAAUGUGUGUGUGUGUGUGUGUGUGUGUAUAUGUAUGUAUAUAUAUAUAUAUAUAUAUAAUAUAUAUAUAUAUUAUAGUGUGUGUGUAUACAGGGGCGUUUUAGCCCCGAGGCAAACAAGGCAUUUGCCUGGGGCGGCAAAAAACGCUGCCCCCCCAAAUGCCCAGGGCAAAUGCCUUGUUAGGCUAACAGACAUGCCGAGCGGGCGGGCGGCGCUGGGCUGGGCGGGCGGCUGGCGAGGGAGCUCUUCCUCUGAGCUGUCCUCUCAGCUCCCUCGCGCGCUGCAGAGUGAGGCUGGGAGCCGGAAUAUGACGUCAUCAACCCGGCUCCCAACCUUACUCUGCGGCGCGCGAGGGAGCUGAGCGGACAGCUCAGAGGAAGAGCUCCCUCGCCAACCGCCCGCCCGCAGCCACUGGACCACCAGUGAUAUAGAGAACCUCCUCCCCCACCCCCCCACUCCCCCCCCCACAGCAUUCCCAAAGGUAAGGAGGGAGGGAGGGGUAAAUAAAAAAAUAAAAACAUGUAUUAAUGUGAGUGUGUCUGUGUGAGUGUAUCUGCUAGUGAGUUAGGGUGUGUCUGACUGUGUGUGUCUUUUAGUGUGUAUGUGUGUGUCUGACAGUUUGUGUCUGUCUGUUAGUGUGUGUGUCUGUUAGUGUGUGUGUCUGUUAGUGUGUGUGUCUGUUAGUGUGUGUGUCUGUUUGAGUGUGCGUGUGUAUGCGUAUCUGUCAGUGAAUGAGUGUGUAUUUAGAAGGUUGGGUGGGGCUGGCGUGGGGGGGAGUGGCGCCUGUGUUUUGUCCUGCCUAGGGCAGCAGGAUACACCAGGAUACACCACUGUGUAUAUAUACAUACAUGCACAUGAGCUCAUACACAAAUAUAAAUGUGCAGUCACAUAUAUAAGCAUACAUGCAUAAGAGUAUGGGAAAGCAUAGGUCUAUCCAUAGUACUUUGUAUAUUGAUAGAGUAAACAUCAUUGGAAUGCAUUUUAAAAUGUUUAGACAUAUGACAAAACAGUAAGAUAAUGCUGGGGGAGUGUUCAUGUAAAGUGUUGGUAGUGGGGCAGGAAAUCCAAAUCAAUAUUUAGUCCUCUAUUCUUGCUGUUAAACAAUUGGAUCAUUCUGGCUUCAAACGUUUUUUUCUUUCUUGGGUAUUUUUAAAACCCCCUUUCAGUACUUUGAUUUUUAGAUCUUUCAAUCAGUGAAAUGGUUGGGUAAAAUGGUGUCCUACAGGAGUGCAGUAGGAUUCUUCUUUGUUGUGUUUAAUGGAGUGUCUGUGCAUAUUCAUUCUGCCAUUUAAUUGCUGGGUAGAUUCCCCAAUGUAGCAUCGUAGGUGGAAUUUGGUGCAUUGAAUUAUGUAUACCACAUUGCUGGAUGUGCAGGAGUAUGAUCCUUUAAUGCUGUAGGUUUUAUUGUUGUGUGUGACUGUGUGGUCUGUGCAUAUGUGUUGGCACAGGUUGCAGCGGGGUUUUUUGCAUUGACUGGUCCCGAUUUCUUUAUUCUUCCCAUCAGUGGGUAGCUUCCUGUUGAUUUUUGUUGGUUGUUUGGUGGUUGUCUGAAUGCCAAAAUGGGUGUUUCAGAGAAAAUGUUUUCAGAGUCUCAUCUUCUGUUAACAUUGGUUGUAAGUCUUUAAUGAUGUACUGUAUUUCCUCAAGAGCUUGGUUGUGGGUGACCGCAAGUGGUACUCAUGUAGAUAUUUUUUUUCUCUCUGUACUGUAGCAGGCGGGCGCGUGGAGUUUUUAAAGCAGAGUUUAUUUGUUUGGUAAUAGUUUUUGGUUUGAAGCCUCUCUGUCUCAUAGAGUGGGAGAGUUUAUUUAGAUGGGAAUUAUGGUCAGAGCAUAUGUGAUGGUACCUAGUGGCUUGGCUGUAGACGAUGCCCUGUUUAGUAUGGGAGGGGUGGAAGCUGGAGCUGUGAAGGUAACUGCACAUGUCUGUGGGUUUUCUGUAAACAGAGGUGUGGAUUGUGCCAUUGUUACAUGUCACAGUGGUGUCCAGAAAAUUCACAGAUCUAGUGGAAUGUUCCAUUUUUAGUUUGAUGGAUGGAAUGAGUUAAGAGCCAUGGAAUUGUAUCAGUUUUUCUUCGCUUUCAGUCCAAAUAAUGAAGAUAUCAUUGAUAUAGCGAUAAACUUUGUAUGGUUUGGUGUGCUGUAUUUCUAGGAAUCUCUGUUCAAGAUCUGCCUUAAACAGAUUAGAAAAUUGGGGUGCCAUCUUAGUACCAAUGGGAGUGCCCAUGGUUUGUAGGUAAACCUCAUUGUUAAAAGUGAAAUUAUGUGUGAGGAUGAAUAGUGCCAGUUUUGUGAUAAUUUGAUGGUUGUAUUUUUGGUUGUCGACAUAAGAGAGGAAAUGGAAGCAAGCAUUGAUGCCAUCUGUAUGUUGAAUGUUUCUGUACAGAGAUUCCACAUCCAUGGUUACAAUGGUUAAGGAAGACAGUUGUCUUUUAUUAAGCUGUUGGUGUUGGUGACUAGAGGUUUUAGGGUAUUUUUUACGAUUCCUGAGAUCUGUUCUGUGAGAGUUCCCAUUCCUGUAACAAUGGUCUUGCAUUACCUGCUAUGUGGAUAUGCAUAAUACAAGUUUAACAUAGGUGAGCAUACAAAUCAUGUUGUACAAUAUAUCCGCAGAACUCUUUUGGACUAACAGUAUUUUAUUUUGAGAAUGUUUGUUGAUAAGGUAUGUUCUAUUGACAAGAUUUUCUCCAGAGAAUAUCUGUUAUAUUAUGUUCUCACCUCGAUGAAAAAAAAAUAUAUAGAAUGAAAACUAGAACAAUAUUGACCUAGGAUAUACGCAGGGCUCUGGUUUUGUUUCAUUUCUUUUACCAGAGCUGAACGCCAGUCCACAAGGUACUGAAUUCUAAGGUUAAAAAACAGAACAUGGGUUAUUUUACACACAACAUUGAAGUAAGCAAAGGGUUAGACUCCUUUAAGCAUGGAUAACAAAUGGACCGAAGAAUUUUUGUUCAACUUCUGUCUAAUGUCUUGGUGACCAGACAGCUUGGCAGUAUUAAAAGUGUUUUGUAGCUUUAUUUGCCAAGUAUUUCCCAAACUGCCCUGGCACGGGUUAAAGUAAUAUAAGUGUGUUUUAUGAAGAUAGCUGAAAAAGUGGAGGAGUAAAUGCUAUGAGGAAUUUUUCAAAGAUCAUUUAUCCGAGAAAGAUGAACGUUUUGUUUAAUGCUUUGCUAGAGAGGAAUAAAUUUAAGGAAUCAUGCUUUAACCCCUUGGUGACCAGACAGUUUUUCAAUUUUCUUACCGUUUGGGAGCAGGGCUGUUUUUAAAUUUUUGCCGUGUUUGUGUUUAGCUGUAAUUUGACUCUUACUAAUUUACUGUACCCACACAUAUUAUAUACUGUUUUUCUCUACAUUAAAUGAUAUUUCUUAAGAUACCAUUAUCAUCAUAUCAUAUACUUUACUAUAAAUAAUUAUAAAAUUUGAUGAAAAAGGAAAAAAAAAAAAAAGAAGAAAAAAACACUUUUUCUAACUUUGACCCCCACAUUUUGUUAGGCAUCUACAGCUGCCAAAAAACACCCAUACUAAAUAGUUUCUAAACUUUGUUCUAAGUUUAGAAAUACCCAAGUGUUAACAUGUUCUUAGCUUUUUUUGUUGUUGUUGUUGAAAGUUUUAGGGCUAUAAGUACAAGUAGGACAUUGCUGUUUCAAAAUAUAUAUUUUUAAUAUAUCAAUAGUGACAUUGUAACACUGCUAUCUGUCAAAUCUCUGAAUCACACCUCACAUGUACGUAUUUAUUUAAAGUAGACAAUCCAGUGUAUUCAAUAUGGGGUAUAUCCAGUCUUUUUUAGUACACUGACCAAAGUCAGCAUUUAUAUUUGUUUGUGUGUUAAAGAUGCAAAAACCAAUUAUGAAUGCUAACUUUGGCCAGUGUUUGUGACUAAGUGGCUACUAAAAAAGACUGAACAUACCACAUUUGCAGUACCUUGGGUUGACUUCUUUUGCAAAUGGUAUGCCAUCAUGGGGAUAAUUCUCAUACCUGGGCUGCCAUAUGCUCUCAAAGGCAACAUAACCAAUCUGGCAAACUUCAAUGUGAAAAAAACAGAAAAUCAAGCCUUAUAUUUGACCCUGUAACUUUCAAAAACACUAUAAAACCUUUGUUGUUGCAUUUUUCACUUAAAACCUGUACUUUCAAUUAUGAUAUUAUCGUUCUUAUACAUUUCACUGCUCUGCAACACUCACAUUUCUGGUCAGUGAUGUCUCAUGAGUACAACGGUACCCCCCAUGUAUAUGUUUUAUGGUGUUUUGGAAAGUUACAAGGUCCAAUAUAGGGCUUGUCCAUUUAUGUUUUUAUACGUAGAAAUUUGGUAGAUUGGUUUGCUGGGCCUGUUUUGCUUUGGAGACCGUAUGGCAGCCCAGAAAUGAAAAUUACCCCCAUCAUAGCAAACCGUUUGAAAAAGUAGACAUCCCAGGGUAUUCAAAAUGUGUUAUGUCCAGUCUUUUGUAAUAGCCACUUAGUCACAAACAGUAGCCAAAGUUUUUCAGAUUUUAUUUAUUUUUUUUUUCACAUAAAAACUGUACUUUCAGUGAUAUUAUCUAUCUUUUAUAUUUCACUGCUCUGAAACACUCAAAUUUCUGCUCAGGGAUGUCUCGCAUGUGCAAUGGUACCCCCUAUUAAUAGGUUUUAUGGGGUUUUGGAAAGUUAUAGGGUCUACUAUAUGUCUUAUCCAUUUGUGUUUUUACACAUUGAAAUUUGGCAAAGUGAUUUUCUACUCCUCUGUCGCCUUUUACUCUGGAGACUUCGCUGAACACAAAUAUUAGUGUUUCAAAAUGGUAACUUGUAUUACAACAAUGAUAUUUUUAGUAAAAGUUACUUUUUUUUGCAUUUUACACACAUGAACGGCACUUUUACUGACGAUAUUAUUGUUGUAAUACAAGUUACCAUUUUGAAACACUAAUAUUUGUGUUCACCAAAGUCUCCUGAGUAUAACAGUACCCCCAUGUACAGGUUUUAUGGUGUUUUGGAAAGUUAGAGAGUCAAAUAUAAAGCUUGCAUUUCAUUUUUUUCACAUUCAAAUUUGCCAGAUUGGUUAUGUUACCUUUUGAGACCGUAUGGUAGCCCAGGAAUAAGAAUUACCCCCAUGAUGACAUACCAUUUGCAAAAGUAGAAAACCCAAGGUAUUGCAAACUGGGUAUGUUCAGUCAUUUUUAGUAGCCACUUAGUUACAAACACUGGCCAAAUAUUAGUUUUUUGCUAACUUUGGCCAGUGUUUGUGACUAAGUGGCUACUACAAAAGACUGGACAUACCCCACUUGCAAUACCUUGGGUAGUCUACUUUUGCAAAUGGUAUGCCAUCAUGGGGGUAAAUCUCAUUCAUAGGCUACCACACGGUCUCAAAGGUAACAUUACUAAUCUGGCGAAUUUCAAUGAGAAAAAACAGAAAAAUUGAAUGUGCUAUAUUUGUCCCUUUAACUUUCCAAAACACCGUAAAAACUGUUAGUGGGGGCUACUGUUGUACUCGUGAGACUUUGCUGAAUCCAAAUAUGUGCUUUUUUUGCAGUAACAGCUAACAGUAUUAUGACAUUUACAGCUAAAAUUUGAGGCGGAACUACAAAUUUUAAAAUAAAAAUACAAAAUUCUGUUUUUUUUUAUUUUAGUCAUAUUAAAUUAUGUUUCAUAUAUAAAUAUUUGAUAUGAAAUGAAAGCCCUGUUUUUCUUAAACAAAAUGAUAUAUAUAAUAAGUGUGGGUGCGUAUAAUAUGAAAGAGGUGAAUUACGGUUGAACAGACAAAUAGCGCAAAUUCCAGUUUUUGUUUACAUUUUGUUUUGAUCAGAACGUGUACUAUUGACUCCGUCCUGAAGGGGUUAAAAUCGUCUCCUGAAUACAACAGAAACCCCAUUUACCAUUUUUGCAGGUUUUCUACAAAUAGAACAGUACCCCUGCAUAAACUGAAGGUGAGAGAGAUCUUUGAUCUCACAGAGUCACUGUGUGAAAAGAUUGAGAAGUUUUUUUUUUUUUUGUUUUUUUAAAAGCAAUUUUAUUAACACUUUCAGUGCUAAUCACAGUAUUAACCCUGAUCAGUGAUCACCUCGUCAGUAUGGCAAGCCAAACCUUUAUAAAAAAACUUGAAAUGCCUCUGGUCUUCGACCUAAAUGCGGAAUGGAACUGAAGAGGUUAAUCCUUUAACACAGUUGAAGGAGUAUGACUAAAGAGAGUGCAAGCAAACCUUAGGGGCACAAUGGAUCUAAAUGGUAUCCCUGACGGUUUCUUGUACUAAAACGGCAACCCUAGAAAUAAUAAAAUAUAACUUUCAAUAGAAAUAUAAUAUAAAAAAGAGCAGAAUCGCUGUAUAGAAAUAAAAUCCAGAGGGGAAUAACAAAACUGAGAUAUUCGCUGGACCGGUGUCGCCCCUGUUAGGGAUUUAGAUGGGUAAAAGUAUAAACUGUAUAAAUUGACCAUAUAGCCUCCAACUCCUAUCACCCAGUUCCACCGUGAUAGCGAUAUCCCCAACCCCUCAGCUAUAAGUAACUAUAGCCAAAAAUUCUAGGUGGCUAACUAUCUAUAUACCAAUAAAAUCAAAGAGGGUGGCUAAACUUGGAGAGAAGUAACAACUCCAGCAUAGUUCCCUAUCUAACUCCUCCACCCUCAGCUAAUCUUGUCCCGACGUAUGUUUCGCCGAAUGUCAGCUCUUCCAGGGGACUAUAGUAAUCAGUUGAAGGGGUAUUAUCAUGUUUGAAAUGUGUUUUCUGAAGAAAAAGGCCAUCCGAGUUUUCGCCUCCCUGAACAACAAUCUACAUUUAUGCGGUGAGUUCAGGCCUCUCACAUUAAAAGAAAGUAUUUUCAAUACCAUUGGUAUCGUCAGUGUAAACCAAAAAUAGCGAGGGGCCUUAAACACACCAAACAUCAGCAAAAAGGAAGGAAAAGACAAAAGGACCCGACAAACUUGGACAGCUAGCACACCAACAAAUGGUAAUAGAAAACAGAAACAAAAAACAUUCAGUAGCGACACCUGUACAGGACGGAUGAAAUGUGAUUUAAAAAAAAGAAAGAAAGUAAAAACAGAUAUAAGAAAAUACAAAUACAAAACAGGGGAAUAACUUGGGGGAAAAAAAUCCCAAAAUGGGGUGAAAAUAUAUACAUAAAAAUUCCCCACCUCUAAAAUAUACAGGCCUAGGUUAGGGGGGGGGGAAGAGAGGACCAGGGAUUUUUUUUUUAAAUUGAAAUAAAAUAUUUUGAAAAAAAAAGCAACAUUGUUCAUCACAAAACUGAGAAGAAGAAAAAAAAGAAAAUUAUCAGUAUUCCACCCACACAGAAUACAACAGUUUAUGACAUCCAACACAAAGGACAGGAAUUGGAAAGCAGGAGCCAGAAAAAACGAAACCAUGGAUCAAGAACCAGGAGACAUAAAACAGGAAUCAAAGACAUGGAAACGAGAACCAGGAAACAGGGACCAAAGAACAGAAGGCAGAGUCUCUUUAUCAAUCACUCUUAGUAACGAAUUGCCUUGUUUCUCCUCAUUUUUCUCGGUGGCUGUGGAGUCAGCGGUACAUGAGCCUAGGGAGUUUCUGGAUUUGGCCAAUGUAGAGUUUGCAGAACUUCCAGUCCUUCUUCAGGUGUAGUAAUCAUGUACUGUUGCCUGUCUAAGCGGAACAAGAUUUUAACAGGGAAUCCCCAUCAGUAUCUGCUAUUUCUACGGCGCAGUUCAGCUGUGAACUGUUCAGAUUCUUUACGUUUUUCGUGAGUAGUCUUGGAAGACCUUUACAUUCCUAAAUUAGUUUGAUAAAUCUGAGAAUCUUAAUGCCAGCAGAAAAUUUUCUUUCUCUGUAAAAAAAAAAAAAAAAAAAGUCUUGCUAUUGCAUCCCAGGGGCAGAGUUGGGUUUGGGGAGCCUGUAAAUGCGGUCUAUAAGUAAAUCUGAAUUCAUAAGGUUUGGUGUAACAGACCUCAUCACGGCUUUUAAAUAAUCAUCCAAUUCCGGAAUCCUCUUCACUCUGAUUUUGUUUCUCCUACUCCUGUCUUCAAAGUCACUCAGUUUUGUAUUAGCAGACUGCAAUUGUAAUUCCAAAGAUUUAACAUGUUUAGUUAGGUCUGCUAAAUCAGAAGCAUGUUGCAGUAAUGUAUUAUCCAUAGUAUCAGCUCUAUGCUCAAACACUGUAACAUUGUGCCUUGUUGUUGAAAAGUCCUCUCUAAAAUCUCUCUGCUCUUGUCUGAUCUCCUGUAAUAGUUCCCAGAUUUGGUCAUGUGAAGUAGUGUAUCCAAUGUAUUAAUCUUAAUUAAUACAUUGGAUACACUAAAUUGUCAUAUUUCAAAAAAUAAAUUGUGGACCCAAUUGAUUCCUGCUGGCAAAGCUCCGAGACCUGAUGGUUGUACGAUGGCAUAUUAUAAGUCCUUCUCUAGUGUUUUGGUCCUCCAUUUAUCUAAAUUAUUUAAUAAUUAUUCCUCAUCUGGUGAGAUGCCGGGGGAGGCAUUAUGUGCAAAAAUUAUAACCUUACCCAAACCCGGUAAAGUGCCCAAUGCUUGUCCAGUUUUUUGCCCAAUUUCAUUAAUCAACAAUGACACUAAACUAUACUCUAAAAUAUUAGCUAAUCGUCUUGCCUAAAUUCUCCCUUCCUUGAUUAACUAUGACCAGGUGGGCUUUGUUUUAAACCGCCAGGCCCCCGGAUAGUUUGAUGGUUCAUAAUGUGAUUCAUUAAAUUAAAUCGCACACCUUCUUUGCUCUUAUCUUGCGGAAAAGGGGUUCGAUAGAAUUCAUUGGGGUUUCUUGAGAAAGUUUGUCACGGUUUCACAUUUCUGAUUCUUUUAUCGAAGUUGUGUUUGUUUUAUACUGUAACCCAACAGCUCGGGUAUCUGCAACUGGGUUUGUUUGAUAGCUUUACCCUAUCCAAUGGGACCAGACAGGGAUGUCCAUUGUCGCUGCUUCUUUUUGUGCUGGCGAUGGAACCUCUGCUGAGGCAAUAAGGCAAUGUGCAGAUAUAGAGGGCAUUGCGAUAGGAGAUAGAGAACAUAAAAUUCUCUUUGCAGAUUACAAUGUUAUCUCUUAAAAGUCCUUCAACCUCAGUUACACCGUAAACGUCUAUCCUGCAAGAAUUUGGUGAAAUGUCUUUUUAUAAAUUGAACACUAAUAAAACCCAAGCAUUUUUAAUGUUUUUGUCCAAUGGCAUAAAUUGGAUACUUUAAAAUUAACUUUGACUAGAGAGAUUCCUAUAUUUCUUAUUUGGGUGUUAGUAUGUGCAAGAACCUGUCAAAGAUGCAUACUUAUAACUUGGCUAAAAUCUGACCUGCUCUUAGGGAUGCUAUUAAGAGGUGGUGUAGUCUUGAAAUUUCCUGGUUAGAAAGGAUUAAUUCGGUCAAGAUGACUGUGGUAAAUUACCAAACUCUAUAAAUUAUUAUGUACGCAUACACAUAUAAACUCUGGUCCGUCUACUUUAACAAAUAUUUAUUCAGAGACAAAACAACAUACACAUAAUGACACACAAUCUAAUUAACUAUACCAACAACAGCAACAACAACCUAGCUAACAAUAACAACUAAAUCUUAAAAAAUCACCAGUUCCCACUCACAGUUCACCAUGAUAAAAAUAGGCCAUGUCUGCUUAAGGGUCUGCUCAGUAGCACAGCCAAGAAGAAACAGGCAGGAAUGGAGAUAUGGGGAAGUGGUUACCUCUUUCCUGACUUGUAAAGGUAUUGAAUUACCCAUUUACCAUAUCAAAGGGUAAAGCUUAUCCCACUGUAAGAAAGCCAUACAUGAGCUUGGUCACAUGAUCCCUGGUCACCAUAUUAGUUUGAUGACAAAAUGUCACCACAUUCCCUCACUUUUUCUUCUCUUAUGUUAAACACAUUUAAAAAUAAUAAUAUAUCCCUCUUAUCUAUUUAAACUAUGAGAUCUGAAGUAGGAAAGAGGAGCACAGGAAUUAUAGUAAGUGAGAUGAGCAAGGUGAAAGAAAACCGUCAAAUAGGGGUUGCAUCACCCCACAUUCCCCCACUUUUAAUUAUUCUAUGUUGCUCCAUUAUCUAGUUAUCCCUCUAGUACAAGAGAACCUAGUCUGAGCAAAAACCUGAUAUACAGGAGAAAUUCAACCCACCAUCCCUCCGGAAUAGUUCCCUCAGCGACAUAAGUUCUCCUGUACUUUUCUAUGGCCUUCAAUUUACAUAAUAUACAAAGUGUCACAAAAAAAACCCAGAACUUAAAGCAUUAGUAUAUAGGUGGUAGAAUUUAGAUGAGUGUGUGUGAUAAAUGUUUAUGUAUGUGCAAUGUAAAACUUUAUUGAAGAAUGUAAGAGAGAGAAAAGAAAAAAACAAAACUUUUAAAAUAUAUCCUCCUUUUCAAGUUUCUUCCUCAUCCACACAAAAGUAUAGUGUUAUAACUGUUAUUACUUGAAUGAACAUGAGUACUAGCAACAGAGUUCGUAGGACAAUGUGUCUCUACAUUGAUAAGAACAAUCCUUUUUAAUAGUGUCCUUUAAAUCUGCAAACAGAACAAAAGAUGGCAGUUCCCACUUCUUCUAAUACUGUUAGCAAUGGAAGCAAUAUUCUCCACCAGAUGUACGUUGUGGGCAAUCGUGUGUAUCCACCGUGUCUUCUCACUAUAAGAAAGUCAGCUUCCCCACCUAUUUUCAUAGCAUGUCCCAUGUCAUCAGUGAGGGAGUUUGUCCCGCUGUUAAGUCCAAUGAUAUUUGCUGAAUUCCAUACUCCCAAUCCAGUUCUGACUCCUUCCAGAAAAGCUGCAAAUAUGUCCCGUUUUUCCAGACUCCCUGCUUUGCCUAAACCACUGGUCACCAUAUUAGUUUGAUGACAGAAUGUCACCACAAUGACUCUUUCCGAAAAUGUUAUAUUUUUUUUUUAAGAGUGAUUCCCUUAACCAUUCCUUAUUUCUUUUUUUGGAAAGUUCAUUCUGCCUCACUGACAUUCAUAUGGAAUAACAAACCGAGCAGGAUUAAAUUGGCUAUUUUACAAAAUCUCAGCACUAGUGGAGGUUUGCCAAACUUUAGCCAUUCUUAUUCUGCGACUAAUGCGGCUAUGGCACUUAAAUUCAACCUGGAGCAUGGUCGUCCCCUGUGGCUCCAGGUGGAGGCUACAAAAAUGUAUCCACUCUCAUCAAAGAUGUGUUAUGGUUGCCUCCUGCUCGCGACCGCAGGUGGUGAACAUGUUUCCAACUACCAAAGCCACGAAUAAUGCCUGGGAUGUGUUAUAUGAAAAGAUAAACUCUUCUACUACCUGGUCUAGAGCUACCCCCUUGUCGGUGUUGUAACCUGCAUUACCUGAUCUGAAAGUGGAAUAUUGGCUUUCCCAUUCUGUCAUGUGUAUUAAUGAUUUAUUUCUAAUUCUUUUUUAUCUUUUGACAAGUUACAGGCCAAAUUUGGUCUGGACACCUCUGUGGACCCUGUACGUAGACAGAUGGUUGAUUUAAUUAGUGAACAUUGUAAAGUUUCUAAUCGGGUCCUGGAGGAGCGCAAAAUUGACGUGUCUACUCUAGAAAAGAUUUGUCUCUCGGGUCUUUAUCGGAAACGCACUCUCUAUGUGCUAUGUCUAUUUUGCUGGGGAAUGUUGUCCAAAAUUAGACUAUAUGACCACAUGGGAAAGGAAACUGAACAAGUGUUGAGGAGUGGCAUGGGCUCCUAUUGUCGCUACGGGGAAUAAAUAAGUCUGUGGCACUUUUGGAAUCUCAUUAUAAACUUCUCUACAGAUGGUACCUGACUCCCUCCAGGCUCUUUAAACAACAUUUAUAUAGAACUAAUACAUGUUGGAGGGAGUGCGGGCAGGUAGGUACACUAUUCCACAUCCUUUGGUUCUGUCCUAAACUUAACACAUAGUGGAACAAAAUUAAUAAACUAAUACACACCAUUACAGAUCAGGUUCAUACUAUUACACCAGAAUUGUUAUUCCUGAAGAAACUCACAGAUAAUAUGUCCAAGUCUACAGAAAUAAUUUUGACUCAUCUCUUGAUUUCGGCAACUUCAGUUUUCCCUCUGUAUUUGAAGUCUGAUACCAUUCCGUCUAUGACUGGGGUAUUGCGCAAUAUUUUUGAAGGUGUGAGUUGGCCUUUAGGACACCCUCUGCUGACUUACUGAAACAUGAAUGGACACUCUGGGAAGAAGCGUCAGGGUUUGUGAUGGCCUAUAAGUUUUUCAUUGGACCUCCACCAGACCGGAUAGUAAAAUAUCAUUAUUUUGAUUUUAUUCUUUAAUAAAUAUACCAACAUUUUAAGACACAUAUGGCAUUUUAAUUUUACCAUUGUUAUAUAUUAUUAUUAAAGUACUGUUUUAAUAUACACUUAAAAUAUAUUAUUGGAUGAUGGUUUAAAAAAAAAAAAAAAUAUAGCACAAAGUACAAAUGCUUUAGUAUGUAACAGUACACAUUCUUAUUUUUUCAAUUAUUUAGUAGUGUAAAAUUCUAAAUGGUUUUAUUGGUAUUUGUCAGGAACCUCUUGAUAUUUUUGGAUAUGAAAUGCCAGUAGAUCCUCAGAAUAAUCUAUAUGUAGACAUAAUUACCAGAUUUUACUAAUUUCAUGACGUAAAGUCAUGAUUUUAUUAAGGACACGGAGGCGAGUAUUAUGCUAUUCUCUUUCUUUUAUUCCUCAGCAGCAAGAAAAAUUUAUUUUAGAGAAACAAUCAACCAUGUAAACAUGCCCCAAAGGGCUAGUCCUACAAUAAUACAACCAAUCAGCAUGCCUUCAGCACUCUCAACUCCCCAUGUGACCUUAAGCCACUCCUCUUUCUUGGUGUUGUCGACAAAAAAAUCCAUAGUAACACAUCAACAUGAAGGAAAAAAAGCAAAAUGCCAGGACCGCCACAGUGAAAAAAUCCAGUAUUCUCUAGAAGCUGUGAUCUUCCCGUAGGUCCUGAAGGAAAUCCAUGCACAACGGUGCCAAACCGGAUCAUGAAGCUGAAAGGAACAGAGAAACAAACUGGUAAAAUAUGUUUCUGGACUUUUGAACAGAAUUAGACAUCGGAAUAUAUGCCACCAAAAACCAGAUUAUCCUCUAACCAAAACCUGUCAAUACCUGCAGUGUGUUGUAGUAAUCUGAACUCGUAACAAACUUACUGACCACUUAGCUAUGGGAAGGCACCACUUACCUGCAUCGGGUGGGAUAAUACUCACCUCCGUGUCCUUAAUAAAAUCAUGACUUUACGUCAUGAAAUUAGUAAAAUCUGGUAAUUUUAUUUAAGGACACGGAGGCUCAUAUUAUGCUAGUUCAAAGCUGUGACACGACCACCUCUGAAAAAUGAGAAACUGGCCGAAAAUAAAACUCCUUGAAGGUAGAUUCGCGGGACCAAUCAGCCGCCCGGAGUAGGUCCUCCAACCUGCAUCCUUUGGAGAAUGCUUUAGUCGCCAUGGCUCCCCUGACAGAGUGUGCUCCAUACACAGAAGUGUCGAUGCCUGCUAAUUUCAUAACCCACUUGACCCAAUGAGACAAGGUGACUGUUGAAACAGGGUGAUACGGAUGACGAAGGGCCAGGAAUAACUCAGGAUAUGCAGGAUCACGAAUCGAAGAAGUCCUGGACUCGUACUCCUUGAGACAUGCUACUGGGCAGAGCUUAGAGUUAUUUGGAAAGGCCGGGUAGAAAACUGAGGUGAUUGACGUCUUCGUAUGCCUGGAAAUAUUAAACGAGACACCUUCGGGGGUUAAUGAACGUGCAGAGAAGUCCAACGCACGCACAUCCGACACCCGCUUACAGGAGAUCAAAGAAAACAGCAUCGCCAGCUUUGCUGUGAGUUGUUUCAGUGAGAGAUCUUCGUUCCUUGGCCAAUCUGCUAGAAGCUGGAGGACAAGGUCAACAUCCCAUGAUGAAGAGUAUCUAGGUAGUGGUGGGCGUGCAAAUCUAAUGCCGCGCAGGAGUCGGCAUACUUGGAGAUGUUUACCAGCCGGGGCACCAUCCCACCCUUGGUGGCCUGCGGAAAUAGCCGAUCGGUACACAUUUAUCGUGCGAUAAGCUAGGCCAUGGUCAAACAGAGAAGUGAGAAAUCUCAAAACUUGACUUAUAGGUGCCGAUAAGGGAUCCAUGUGUUGUUCCAUGCACCAACCACUCCAUGAAUUCCAGGCAUGUAAGUAGGAUUUCCGUGUUCCAGGAGCCCAAGCUCCCGCCAGAAGGUCAAUAGUUGUUUGUGGAACGUCCGGGAUGAAUCCAAGUCCCCGGAGAGGAGCCAUGCCAGUAGUUGGAGGCGUCCCUGUAAUAGUAGGGGGUGCGGUUCCCCGUUGGGGUCCAACAAGAGGUCCAGAGAGGUUGGAAUCAAUCUUGGGUAGUCCAUGGACAUCUCCAUGAGUGUAGGGAACCAUGGUUGAGCCGUCCAGAAUGGGGCGAUGAGAAUCAUGGAGGUUCGGUAGCGUCUGAGAUGUAGAAGCGUCCUCGCAAUCAAUGAGAAAGGAGGAAAAGCGUACGCUCGUGUGUCCGGCCACUGUUGGAGGAAGGCAUCUGAAGCCAAUGCCUCUGGAUCCGGUCUCCAACUGAAGAAACUCGGUAGUUGGGAGUUCAACCGUGAAGCGAAGAGGUCGAUCCCUAGUGGGCCCCAGAGUGUUUGAAGUUGCAGGAAAAUGUCCCGCUUCAGCCGCCAGUCGCUUGCAUCCCGUAGGUAUCUGGAAUUCCAAUCCGCCACCAUAUUGGACAUCCCGGGAAUGUGUUCCGCCUGAACCGAAAUAUUGCGAUCCAGGCAGAAGUGCCAGAAGUCUUUUGCUAGAUCCGCUAACACCACUGACUUCGUACCCCCGAGAUGAUUGAUGUAGCGGACCGCUGACACGUUGUCCAUCCGUAAAAGAAUGGAACAGUUGGUUGAGAUACCUACGAGACUCCGAACUGCAAAUGACCCCGCCAAAAGCUCGAGGCAAUUGAUGUGUAACUCCUGCUCGUCUGGGGACCAUUUCCCUCCGGUGGAGAUAGGACCGCAACGCGCGCCCCAGCCCAGCAGACUUGCGUCUGAUUCCACGACGAAGUCCGGCCUCGUCCCAAAGAUUGCUCUUCCGUUCCAUGCUUCCAUGUGUUGCAGCCACCAAGAGAGUUCUUCUUUGGCAGCACAAUCGAGAGGCACAGAGUCUGAAUAGGAGAGACCUGACCGAAGGUAUUUCGCCUUUAGGCGUUGAAGGGCCCUGUAGUGAAGUGGGCCCGGGAAAAUGGCCUGGAUGGAGGCCGAGAGAAGGCUGAUGAUCCUGGCCAGUUGCCGUAGCGUUAGUGCAGGGCGAGCCAGUGUCCGGCGGAUUUCUUUCUUGAUGAUCCUGACUUUGGACGAUGGUAACAGGAGUGUCCCUUCCACUGAAUCGAUGGUGAAGCCUAGAAACUCCAAGACUUGGGAGGGUUGUACCACCGACUUGCCCCAGUUGAUGAGGAAACCAAGGUUGCCGAGUAAUGUCUUUGUCCAAAUCAGAUGUUCUUGGAGUAAGAGUGGGUCCUGUGCCAUCAGAAGCAUGUCGUCCAAGUAUAUAAUCAGACGUACUCCUCUGCUGCGUAGGAGAGCGAUCACUGACCGCAUGAGCUUCGUGAAGCACCAUGGGGCCGAGGAGAGGCCGAAUGGCAAGCAUUUGAAACGCCAUGUGGUCUCCUCCCAUUGGAACUGGAGGAAAUGUUGGCAAUCCUCGGCCAUUGGGACGGUGAGGUAUGCGUCCUGCAGAUCGAGUUUGACCAUCCAAUCCUCCAAGAGGAGUAGGUCUCGGAGGGAGUGGAUGCCCUCCAUUUUGAAAUGGUGGUACGCAACAAAGGCGUUCAGGAGACGUAAGUUGAUGACCGGACGGACACCCCCACCUUUCUUGGGCACCACGAACAGGUUGCUUAUAAAACCUGAAACCCCUGGAUGCGUCUCUAUGAUUGCACCUUUGUCGGCCAGAGAUUGUAUCUCCACUGUGAUUAGUGCCCUGUCGUGGAUGGAGGAGACUAUGUGUCUGGGGGGGGGAUAUCUGGACAGGUGUUUGUACAAAUUCUAUGGCAUAACCCACUACAGUUUGUAGGACCCAAGUAUCGGAAGUUAACAUUCGCCAGGCAUCGAUAAAGUGGCCUAACCUGCCCCCCACCAAGGUUACUGAAGUUAGUGAUGAAGGAAGUGGACUCACCAUAAGGGCGUCGGCCAUAGGAAACGCUUCUGGAUCCACGAGCCUGCCAGGGUCUUCCUCGAACUGGGAAGAAUGGAGAGGGCUUGGGUACCUCACUCUGGUAACGUGACUGGAAGGGGCCUCUAGAAACCCGGUACGAGCCCCGGGAAGAACGGCCGGGCAGACGGCCCCAAUAUCUGCCGGCCCCGCCAAAAACUCUAUGGGAGAAUACCUUUUUCAUAUUGGCUUGCGCCUUGUCCAGAGCAGUAAAAGUGCCCACAUAGGUACCCAGCUCCUUCACAAAACUAUCCCCAAAAAGAAGGCCUUUGGCCUGUGGCCCAGGUUCAGUGAUAGCCAAGGCAACUAGCUUUGGUUCGAUUUUAAUCAAUAUAGCCUUUCGCCUCUCAGUGGCUAGAGCCACGUUGGCAUUUCCAAGAAGACAUAUGGCUCGCUGUAUCCAGCCCCUGAUAGCUAGCAGGUCUAUGGGAGCACCGCCUGCCAGUGCCGUUUCAACCAUAUCAAAGAUCUUUGCACUGGGUCAGAGGACAUCCAGGAUCUUAUCCUGGCAAUGGCGAAGUGCAAAGUCGAGACCCUUCUUCGCCUUCCACCCAGUUUUUCCCAGGAACUGGGCAAUCUUAGGGUCCACUAUAGGGGCGAUACAUAUUAAAUCUGGGAGCGUGGGGCGUGGGCAUUCUGCCCGCAUCUUACUUCUUGCCACCUUAUCAAGGGGUUUCCUGAUCCGUGCGGCAAUAUAUUUUGCCACAUGGUCCAGCAGGAACCAUUCAGUUGAUCUUGGGUGCUGCAGACUAUCAGGUUCGCCCUGUGGGUCAAGGAGGGUGAAGCCUUCCACCCCGUCCUCGUCCUCAUUCCCAGACAUAGAUAUAGCGCUGUGGUCAGGGAAUAGUGUGCCCAAAUUGAAUGAGUCCUCAUCAUCAGACUCGCUCCAUGCCUCCUCCUGUUCCGAAUCUGACUCGGAUGAUUCCACUUGGGCUUUUGCCCUUUUCCAACUCCGCACCGAUUUUGCCCGGUGGGUGGCUCUUUGUUGUGGUGCAACCACAUUAUCUUUGACAGGACGUUCCCUGUCUGUCCUUAAAGUUUUGGAGGCUUCCUCGUCCAUGUGACGAGAUUUUUUGGUGGCUUUGCGCCCACUGGCCUUGCCUGUAAUGUGUUCUGUAGGGUCAGGGGCAAUGUGCGUAGAGGCCUGUUGGGCGGCCAAGAGGGUAUGACUAAUAGAGUGGGACAGAGUGUCCGACAUAACUCCCAUGGCUGAGUAAACAGCUUGGGUUACGGAUUUCGCCAUAGUGGCAUCCAGGAGAGAAUGAAGUUCUUCCGAGUUCAUUUGCUCCUGGUCUGUCACAUCAGUGACAGUUAAGCCAGUCGGUCUGGGGACAACCUGGGGGGCAGGGGGCAUAUUAUCCCUAAUGGGGGAAUCGCUGGAGGCCAUGCCCAAAUCCUUACUAGAUUGCAUUACGAAAUAACACUUCUGCAGUAGUUGUGGUUAGGUACAAGAAUAUAUGAUUUAUAAGUAAACCAAGCAAAAAAAAGGGGGGUGGAGUGGGGGAACCCAAAUAAACUAAUGGAGUGACUUGAUUUUGGGCAAAAACUGGGUAUUAGCAAUGUAUCAGAAGGAAUGAUACAGAAAUACCCAAGGCACCAUAAAGUAACAGACAGAAUAUGAAAAAGGCAAGCUCACCAAGUGUUCCCUGAGGAAUGGCUCCUGGGGACACUGGUGAGCUGCCCAGCAACUGUGCUGUCCAAUCAGCACACACUCCCGCCCUCUAGGUGAGGGGAAAAAACCUAGAGCCAGCUGGGGAAUAAAGUGUAGAGAUAGGGCAGAAGCUUAACAGUACACAGAAAAAACUAACAAAUUUAAAUUUAACUGCCACAAAAUGAAUAAAUAUGAGAAACACACAGGCAGCAUACAGAGAGAAAAUAAAAAUGUACUUAGCUGAGGAAGGCAGCAGCAAGAAAGAGGAGUGGCUUAAGGUCACAUGGGGAGUUGAGAGUGCUGAAGGCAUGCUGAUUGGUUGUAUUAUUGUAGGACUAGCCCUUUGGGGCAUGUUUACAUGGUUGAUUGUUUCUCUAAAAUAAAUUUUUCUUGCUGCUGAGGAAUAAAAGAAAGAGAAUAGCAUAAUAUGAGCCUCCGUGUCCUUAAAUAAAAUUGAACAAGCUAAAACCUUGUAACCAAUCCCAUAACGUCCUAUCUAUCUAUAGAAUCUUAAAUCCACGCUUUAAAUGGAAACUUUGUCAGUGUGGACACCAAUGUCAAGUAUAGUUGAAAACAUGACCCCAUAUUUAAGACAUUGAAGCAAGGCUCACUGUGUAAACGAUUUCAAAUGUAAUGAUAUUAAAAAAAUGUUGGUGGCAAAGAAGGUUGAAGUAUACCUUUUAAUAAAUGUAAGGUUUUGUAGAACUUUGCUUGCUGUUAAUUUCUUAUGUUUCUAUGUUAUAUUCAUUUUUAAGUCUUGGUGGGAUUUUCUAUAAGUAUAAGUGCUCAGAGCACCUGCCUUACGAAGACUUCUCAUUGAACUGUUUCGGGAAGUCUGUGAUUGGACAGCCACUGAAAGUCUGGGCAGGGUUAGAAGGGGAGUUUUUGCAAAGGUAGCAGACAAGAGAUCUGCGGGUUUUGCAAACUAUUUUCAUAUAUAUAUACACACACCUAAUGUAAAAUCAUAUAUAUAUACACACACACACACCUAAUGUAAAAUUAAAUGCAUGCAAGUUUUCAUUUGGGAUAUAUUUGCUAAACAACAAUUUACAGUUUUUUUGUAUUUGGGCACUGGGAUGUCCCUGGAGUGAUUUAAUUUUUGUGUAGAUCUGCUCAGAUUUAAAAAUAUAUAAUAUUUUGUAUGGACAAUUUUAAUUACCUGUUAAUAUUUGUGCCAGUGUUUUGCCUUAUAUACUACCUCUUUGAUGUUUUUCUUUCUGUGUUUUUUGAUGCAAGCAUGUUGUUUUCUGAGUGGAGAAAUACUGUUUAUUUCACUUAUUAAAAAAAAAAUACUUUUAAAAAAUGCACAGAUCACAGUAGUGUUGGUUCUUAUGUGAUCAUGUGAUAGAUUCAAUCAUAUUGAAUAGAACUCCAACAGGCUACUCUGAAUGUAGCUAUUGGUUAUUCUGCAAAAGAAAAAUAUAUCCAUAUGCUUAUCCUGCAGUGUUAUAAUCACCUAUAAUUUGGUUAAAAAAAAUACAGAGCCUGCAUUCUAAAAGUUAAAUUAGCAUGGACUGCCCUGUGUUGAAAAAUAUUGUGUGGUUAUUACAAAAUCCCUCUAUUAGGUAAAAGGUGUUUGUUCCCUUAAAUCUACAGAAUAGAUCAUUUUGGACAGUUGCCAAUAAGUCUGUGUAAAAAGAAGCAUUUCUGUUCUUUGCCAUUGUGUACAAAUGAAUUAACAGGAUGUAUGUUCUUAAUCAUGCAGGACAUUCCACCAGGUUUUGGAUUUAUCCUUUAAAGUCAGCAAAGAAAUAUCUCUACAGAAUCAAAAAGCAGUAGAAGAAAGCUGUGAACUGGAUGUGGUAAAACACUGGUACUUUGACCAGUCUCUUAUUUAGCCAUGUUCUCCUUACCUUGCCUAUUAACAGGUUUUACAUAAAAGUGCACUGUGUCUCUUUAUUGGUUAGGUGGGAGGGGGGUUUGUUUUUUCUUUAAACAAUUGGAAUUUGUUAAGCAAAUGUGUUGAUUAAAAUCAUGUUUAAUGUCCUGUUCUUUAGUGUUAUUACAUGCUAUCUAAUUAAAAGUGUUAUUCAUUACUAAUGGAGCAUUAUUCUUUGAGAGUUUAGUGUUGUUUUGUUUUUUCUGGAUUUGAAUUCUGUCUUACCGGAGAGAAAUAUGUCAUUUCAGACCG